AUGAAUGAUGUGAUGAACACACUGGUCUGUGUUCCUGUAGACGUCCCCGGGCCGGUGGUUGACCUGAAGGCAGUUAUGGUGACCAAGAAGAACAUCGUUCUCACCUGGUCUGACCCUGUGGAUAACGGUGGCAGUGAUAUCAUUGGCUAUGAGGUGCUGAGGAAGGAUGCCAAUAUGAAGCUAUUCCGCCAGCCCAUUGAGACUGCAUCCUGCAAGUGUGACGUUCAAGGCCUGCUGGCUGGUGAGGAGUAUGAUUUCAGAGUCAUUGCCAGGAACAAGUACGGUGAUGGACGUCCAUCAGACCUGGGUCCCAUCUUGGCUGAGGAUCCCAAAGGUACUCCAUCUGCCCCAGAGAAGCUGCGCUACACUGACAGAACCAAGAGCACCAUCACCCUGGCCUGGCUGCCACCUCGCACUGACGGCGGCAGCCCCAUCAGAGGAUACUAUGUGGAGAAGAUGAGGUCCGACAGCACUGAGUUUGAAGUGGCCAACCGCAAGAUCUUCACUGAGUGCUGUGGAACCAUCGAGAACCUGUCAGAGGACCAGGAAUAUGACUUCCGUGUCAAAGCCGUGAACGAGGUCGGAGAAGGAGAGCCAUCCAAACCGAUCACCGCCAAGAUCCAGGAUGAUGAAAUCGCUCCCAGUAUUACAAUCCUGAAGUUCUUCAAGAGCAACGCCAUCAUCGUGAAGAAAGGCGCAGCCAUCGACAUCCCAGCAGAGGUGAGGGGACUCCCUCUGCCGACACUCCAGUGGAUGAAGGAUGACGUGGUGAUCGAGAAACCUGAUGAUGAGAAGAUGACGAUGGAGACUGAGGAGGUGAAUCGGACAACCAUGAGGACGAAGAUUGCCAUUCCAGAAACCGUCAGGCCGGACACAGGAAAAUACAAACUGGUGGCUGAAAACUGCUACGGGAAAGCUCAGCAGAUCAUCAAAGUCGAGAUCCUGGACCGUCCUCUUCCUCCAAGGAACGUUGUGGUCUCAGACAUUAAAGCAGACUCAUGCUACCUGACCUGGGACGCCCCAGAGGACAAUGGAGGAAGUGAGAUUAGUAACUACAUUGUUGAGUGCAGAGACGCAAGCAAGAAAAAGUCGGACUUUGAUGUUCUGACCAUCAACCUCAUUGACAGGAGAUACGGGGUGUACAAGCUGGACUUGAACGGUACCUACCAGUUCAGGAUCAAAGCUGAAAACAAGUAUGGUGUCAGCGAUGGCUGUGAAUCAGAGAAAGUCCAGUUGAGGGAUCCAUUUGGCCUUCCUGGACCUCCUCGAAAUCCAAAAAUUAUCGCCGCUACAGCGACCACAAUGACUGUGACUUGGGAUCCUCCUCUGGACAAUGGUGGUUCGAGCAUCCAGGGCUAUUGGCUGGAGAAGAGGGAGCGUGGCGCUGUGUACUGGGGUCGCGUCAACCGAGCUCCGGUCACCAAACCGGCAGUGAAGGGCCUGCAGUACACUGUGCUGAAGCUCAUACCAGGAACCGAGUACCAGUUCAGGAUUGCAGCCUGUAACGCUGCAGGUGUUGGACCGCACAGCGAGGCCACAGAGUGCCGCUUCGCUGUGGAUCCAUGCAACCCCCCGAGCAUACCUGGAACCCCCCAGGUUAAAGACAAGACCAAGAACAGCAUCACUCUAACCUGGAGCCCACCCGACAAAGAUGGCGGGAGCCCAAUUAUGGGUUACAUAAUUGAGGUUCACGAGGAGGGCUCCCCUGAUUGGAGGAGGGUGAAUCCUGCUGAUAAGCUCCACCCCUCCACUGAAAUCACUAUCCCUGACCUGAAGGAGGGCAAAAAUUGCAAGUUCAAGGUUUACGCAGUGAAUGCAGCUGGAAACUCAGAGCCUGCGAGGACUGGUGACAUCCUGGUUCAGGACAUCCUGAUCGAGCCGACUGUGACUCUGGGUGUGAGCGCUCCCGACCUGCUGAACUGCAGAGCAGGAACCACUAUUAAGAUUCCUGCCACCAUCACCGGCCGACCCAUCCCCAAAGUCACCUGGACUUUCGAUGGAACGGCUGAGACUGAGAAAAAGAACGAUCUGCACACUCUGCCCGUUGACUCAGAGAUACACUCCACCGACACGACCUCACUGAUUGUGAUCCCAGACUGCAAACUGAACCACAGUGGCAGAUACAUCAUCAACGCAGAGAGCCCUGCUGGACACAAAGUGGUCAAAGUCAGAGUGGCCGUCCUCGACCUGCCCGGACCUCCUAGAGACCUGAAGGUGAGCGAUGUGACGAGGGGAACCUGCAGACUCACCUGGAAACCUCCAGAGUGUGAUGGUGGAGAGAGGGUUAAGAGCUACUACAUUGAAAAGAAGACAGCGGAGGGCAAAGCAUGGACCAAGGUAAACGCAGCCUGUGCUGCUCAGUCUUUGGUGGUUCCGGAUCUGAAUGAAGGCCAGGAGUACUUUUUCCGUGUCCGUGCUGAGAAUCGCUUCGGGUUUGGCCCCUACAUCGCCACUACUCAAAGGACCAGAGCCAGAGAUCCAAUCCAUCCUCCCGAUCCUCCAACAAGGUUGAAGAUCCAGAACGUUAGGAAAGGCACGGUAACUCUGACCUGGAAGGCUCCAAAGAACGAUGGCGGUUCACCCGUAACCCACUACAGUGUUGAUCUGCUCUGCUGGGACAGCAGUGGCCAGAAGGAGUCCUGGAGGAGGUGUAACAGGAGAGAUGUGGACACCACCAGCUUUAAAGUGGAGGACCUUACAGAGGGAGAUGAGUAUGAGUUCAGGGUGAUGGCUUACAAUGAAGUUGGAGCCAGCCGACCUUCAUCUACUGCUGGACCCAUCGUCAUCCAGGACCAGACCUGUGCUCCAUCCAUCGAGCUGAAGGAGUUCAUGGAGGUGGAGCAGGGCUCCGACAUUAGCAUUGUGGCCAAAAUCCGGGGCUGUCCGUUCCCCACGCUCACCUGGUACAAGGCUCCGCCCCACAAGUCUGACGACAAGGUGGAGGUUCAGUACGACGAGCACAUAAACAAGAUUGUGUCGGACGACAGCUGCACGCUGCUCAUCCAGCAGGGCAAACGUCCCGACACCGGCCUGUACACACUGGUAGCUUCCAACAGCCUCGGCAAGGCCUCCAAGGAGAUGAGGCUCAACGUGCUUGGUCGUCCUGGCCCUCCCUCUGCUCCCAUUAAGUUUGAAGAGAUCGGAGCUGAGAAGAUCACCCUCUCCUGGCUGCCCCCGAAAGACGACGGUGGCUCCAAAGUCACAAACUACGUCAUCUGGAGACGGGUGGCCAACAGAAAGACUUGGGUGCCUGUCACCAAUGAGCCAAAAGAGCGGAUCUGGACAGUGGAGAACCUGAUGGAGGGACACGAGUACGUGUUCCGCAUCAUGGCACAGAACAAGUAUGGGGUCGGAGAACCGCUGGACAGCGAGCCCGAGGUGGCCCGAAAUUGCUACACUGUCCCUGGUCAGGUUGAGAAACCGACAGUUACCAGCAUAACCAUGGACUCCAUGACCGUUAACUGGGAGGAACCCGAGGACGACGGAGGCUCCCCAAUCACUGGCUACUGGCUGGAGCGCAAAGAGACAACUGGCAAACGCUGGACCCGCGUCACUCGUGACCCGAUCCGUCCCAUGGGCCUGGGCGAGACGUUCGUGGUGAGCGGACUCAUCGAGGGAUCCCAGUAUCUGUUCAGAGUCUCUGCCAUCAAUGCCGCAGGGCCCGGACUUGCCAGCCCUCCCACAGACCCCAUCUUUGCCAGAGAUCCUAUCACCCCACCCUCUCCUCCAACCCCAAAGGUUUCUGACUGGACAAAGUCUACAGUGGACCUGGAGUGGAUCCCUCCUCUAAAGGAUGGAGGCUCCAAGAUCCUCGGCUAUUGGGUAGAGCACAAAGAGGAGGGCACUGAAGCCUGGGUCAAGGCCAAGGACACUGAAAUCCGUGGCACCCGGUUUGUGAUCGCUGGUCUGAAGACCGGUGGUCAGUACAGGUUCAGAGUGAUUGCCUUCAAUGCUGCCGGUAACAGUGAACCAGGAGAAGUCCCAGAGGUGCUUGAGGUCAAUGACAGAAUUGUUGCUCCUGAGGUUGAUUUGGAUGCCUCUGUGAAGGAGAGAAUGGUGGUCCAUGCUGGUGGUGUGAUCCGAAUCAUCGCCUAUGUGUCAGGCCAGCCAACGCCUGACGUGACCUGGAGCAGAGAUGGAGCUGCACUGCCUCCUGAGGCUAAAGUGGAGACGACAGCCAUCAGCUCAUCUCUUGUCAUCAAACCUUGCAUCAGGAAACACCUUGGUGUGUACAGCUUAACCGUCAAAAAUGCUGGAGGAGAGAAGACAAAGAAAGUCACGGUGGAAGUUCUGGAUGUCCCUGGGCCAGUAGGCAUCCCCUUAGUUGCAGAGAACCUAAGCAGUGACUCCUGCAAGAUCAACUGGUUCUUCCCUGAGAACGAUGGUGGUUCACCCAUAAGCAACUUCAUUAUUGAGAAACGUGAGGCAGAGCGCAAGUCCUGGACCUCACUGUCCUACACCGCCAGCAGACAAAACGCUGUGGCUCAUGAUCUCACGCCUGGAAAGGGCUACUUCUUCAGAGUGGCUGCAGAGAACGCCAUUGGUAUCGGACCCUUCGUGGAGACUGCAGCUGAACUCAUCAUCAGGGAACCAAUCAGUGUACCAGACCGUCCAGAGGAGCUGGAGGUCACCAAGGUCACCAAAGAUUUGAUCAGUGUCACCUGGAAGGCACCCAAGUAUGACGGAGGCUCAGAGAUCAUUAUGUACAUCCUGGAGGCACGCAUGAUUGGCAAAGACAAAUUCACUAGACUGACAAAGGAGAUGCUGAUGGACAUGAAAUACACCUAUGAUGGCUUGAGGGAGGGUGACACCUAUGAGUUCAGGGUCAUUGCUGUCAAUGAGGUCGGUCCCAGCAAACCAUCUUUCUGCACCAAACCAAUCACCUGCAAGGAUGAGCUGGAGCCUCCUACCAUUGAGUUGGACUUCCGAGAUAAGAUCAUCAUCCGUGUGGGAGAGAGCUGCCUGCUGCAGGGCCGCUACACUGGCAAACCUUCUCCUUCCAUCACGUGGUAUCGUGAUGACAAGGAGCUUAAAGCCGACAAACACAUCAUGUUCCAGAACACGCUAACCACCAUGUCGCUGGGCCUGAUGAAGGCAGAGCGUGAACAUAGCGGCAGAUACGUGGUGGUCGUAGAGAACAGCAGUGGAUCCAGGAAGGGACUCUGCAACAUCACGGUUGUCGACCGUCCGACUCCUCCUGUUGGCCCAGUGGUGUUUGAUGAGGUUCACAGGGAAUACAUGGUGAUCUCGUGGAAGCCUCCCAUAGAUAGUGGUGGUAUUAAUGUCUCUAAUUAUAUAAUUGAGAAAAGAGACGUCAACAGAGACACCUGGACUACGGUAACAUCUGCCACAACCAAGACCACAUGCAAAAUCCCCAAGCUAACAGAGGGCAGGGAGUACAUAAUGAGAAUCUCUGCUGAGAACAUGUAUGGGAUCAGCGACCCUCUGGAGUCUGAGGAGAUGAGAGCCAAAGAUCUCUUCAGAGUCCCCGAGGCCCCGGAAAUGCCAACAGUCAGGGAGGUGUACGCCACCAAUGCUCUAGUGCUGUGGACCCGACCUCGUGAUGGUGGAAAGCCCAUCACUAACUACAUCCUGGAGAAAAAAGAGACCACAGCCAAGAGGUGGUCCAGAGUCACCAGAGACCACCUGUACCCAGCCACUCAGUACCGAGUCCAGGAUCUAUUAGAGGGCUGCGAGUAUGAAUUCAGGGUGAUGGCUGAGAACGAGCUAGGAAUCGGAGAUCCCAGUGUCCCCUCCAAGCCCAUACUUGCCAAGGAUCCCAUUGUGCAACCCAGCCCUCCUGUGACCCCUGAGAUCUACGAUAAGACCAAGGACUCUGUCAGUCUGAAGUGGAAGCUGCCACGCCACGAUGGGAGGGGACGUAUCUUUGGAUACCUUGUCGAAUACCAGAAGCCUGGUGCCAUAGAGUGGAUUCAAGCCAACGAAACCCCAGAGCAGUGCCCUGACCUCCACUAUGUGGUGACGGGGCUGAUUGAAGGACAGGAGUACAACUUCAGGAUUUUCACUGUCAAUGCUGCCGGCAAAUCGGAUCCUGCCUAUGUCAAAGACACCAUUACAGUCCACGACAGACUCGAGGAACCAGAGUUGCUGCUGGAUGCCAACAUGGCACGAGACCACCUGGCCAUGCUGGGCACUGAUAUCACCCUGAGUGCCUCCGUCAAAGGUGUGCCAACACCUACCGUCAGCUGGAAGAAGAACGAUGGAGACGUUCCUGCUCACAUCACUGUUGCUGUUACCGCCACUGGCAGUAAAGUCUUCAUUCCCAAGUGUGUCCGUGCAGACUCUGGGAACUACACCAUCACUGCUGAGAAUGCUGCUGGAAAGAAGUCAGCAACCGUUGCAGUACUUGUGCUGAACAAGCCUUCACCUCCCAGGGACUUAGUGAUCUCUGAUGUGACCAGUGAGUCCGCCUACCUGACAUGGAAGGCUCCAGAGGACAAUGGUGGUGCCGUUAUCUCGCAUUAUAUUGUGCAGAAGAAGGAUGUGGCUGCGGAGCAGUGGGUGCCCGUUGCUGCAGCCAAUAAGAAACUGAGUCUGAUGGCCAUGUACCUGAUGGAAGGAAUCCAGUACUUGUUCAGGGUAGCAGCCGAGAAUCAGUUUGGCAGGAGUGAUUAUGUUGUGACAAAAACACCCAUCAAGGCUGUUGAUCCUCUGUAUCCUCCUGGCCCACCCAAAAACCUGCACCACACCGAUGCAGAAAAGACAGAGGUUUGGUUGGCCUGGGAGUGGCCUGACCGCACUGGCGGAAGUGAAGUUACUGGCUUUAUUGUGGAGCACCAGGAAGAGGGUCAGACUGACUGGGUCACCUUCAAGACUGUGAGCAACAAUCACACCCAUGUCACAGGUCUGGAGGAGGGCAAGACUUACCGCUUCAGGGUCAAAGCUCAGAAUGCCAUUGGCGUGAGCCGCCCGGACACCAGUGUCCCUGUCACAUGUCAGGAGAAAACAUUGGCACCUACUAUUGAAGUUGAUGUAAAGCUGAUUGAGGGUCUUGUUGUUAAAGCUGGCAGUACUAUUGCUCUUCCAGCCAAGAUGACAGGCAUUCCUCUUCCCACUGCUAAAUGGAUGACUGAUGGCAAGGAGAUCCCAUCUGAGGGCCGCUAUCACAUUCAGACUGCUGAAUCCACAACCACCCUCAGUAUCCCUGAAUGCCAGAGAGCAGACACUGGGGAGUACCUACUCACUGUGUCAAAUCCUGCAGGCAGCAAAACUGUUGCCCUUCAUGUAACCGUGCUGGAUCUUCCAGGUCCACCUAUCGGACCCAUUAAUAUCUUGGAAGUCACCCCUGAUUACAUGAUGAUCCAAUGGAGAGCCCCAAAGGAUGAUGGUGGCACACCUAUCAUCAGCUAUGUGGUGGAAAAGAAGGAUGUGAAAAAACCGUGGGAGCCUUGGUCUGUGGUUAGCUCCAGUGGCACAGUCACCAGAGCCAAGGUGUCCAGGCUGGAGAAGGGCCGCGAGUACAUUGUCCGUGUGCGUGCGGAGAACAAGAUUGGUAUUGGUGCUCCACUCGAGAGUCCUCCGACUAUUGCCAAACACAUGUUCAACCCUCCUGGCCCACCAGGCCCACCGGAGUGUUCUGAUAUCACAGAGAAUGCUGUAACGGUGUCGUGGAGCCUGCCUGACUAUGAUGGAGGAAGUCCUAUCAGCGGCUAUGUGGUUGAACGCAGAGAAAUGACAGGAAAGUGGAUCCGUGUCAACAAAACACCUGUUCUGGACCUCAGAUACAGAGUCUCUGGCCUAUUUGAAGGCAACACUUAUGAGUUCAGAGUGUUUGCAGAAAACAUUGCUGGUAUCAGUGAGCCAUCUCUUUCCUCUGAUCCCAUUAAGGCUACCCGGGCCAUCACCAAACCUGGCCCUCCUGGUAAUCCUAAACUGAAGGACUGGAGUAAGUCCCAUGCUGACAUCUGCUGGACCAAGCCUACCAGAGAUGGAGGCAGUCCCAUUCUGGGGUAUGUAAUUGAGGCUCAGAAGUCAGGAAGUGCCCAGUGGGACAGAAUCAACAAAGACCUCGUCAAGAUAUGUGCCUACAGAGUGCCAGGCCUCAUUGAAGGACUGGAGUACAGAAUACGCAUCAGAGCCACCAAUAAGGUUGGAGACAGUGAACCCAGGGAGCUGCCUCAGACUGUCUUGGCAAAGGACAUCCUGGUACCACCUGAAGUAGUUGUUGACGUGUCCUGCCGUGACUCUGUGACAGUCAGAGCAGGACAGAUCAUCAGUUUGAUCACUAGAGUCAAAGGCAGACCGGAUCCAGAGAUCACAUGGACCAAGGAUGCCAGAGCUUUGUCCAGGGAUAAGCGCACAGAGGUGAACAACAACUACCCACUGUGUGAACUGGUCAUCAAUGAUGCAAUCAGAUCAGACUAUGGUAAAUAUGCUAUUGUAGCUAAGAACAGCAGUGGGCAGGCACAGGCUACCAUUCUUGUCAAUGUCCUAGACACACCAGGAGCUUGUCAGAAUCUAAAAGUGGCUUAUGUGACCAAGAAAUCCUGCAUGGUGUCCUGGGAGAACCCUGAAGACAAUGGAGGAACUGAGAUCACUCAGUACAUUAUUGAGUGUCGUCAGCCUAGCCAGAGGGGAUGGACAGUCGUUUCCAGUGACUGCACCAAGCGCCUGAUAAAGGCUCCUCUUACAGAGGGUUGUGAAUAUUUCUUCCGGGUCAGUGCAGAGAACAAGAUUGGAACUGGUCCGCCUACUGAGACCAAGACACCUGUAUUGGCAGUUGAUCCCAUUGAGAAACCUGGUGAACCCAUUGACUUCCAUAUAUUUGAGAUAGGCAAGACCUUCUGUUUUCUCAAGUGGAAGAAGCCAGACUAUGAUGGUGGUAGCCGUAACCUGGGUUAUCAUAUUGAAAAGAAACCAAAGGAGGCUGAUGAGUGGGAGAGGCUUCACAAGGGUGCCAUCAAGGAAACUUACUUCAUGGCUGACAGAUGUAUUGAAAACCAGAUAUACCAGUUUAGAGUUCAGACUAAGAAUGAGGGAGGUGAAAGCAACUGGGUUACCACAGCUGAAGUCAUGGUUAAGGAACAGCUAGUGGUGCCUGAGAUCAAGAUUAAACUGGAUGCAGCCCUUGUAGUAAAAGCAGGAGACUCCAUUCCUAUAGAGGCAACAGUGAUGGGCAAACCCCAGCCUGAUAUCAAAUGGACCAAGGAUGAAAGUGCAGAGGAGAUGAAGAAGGGUCCCAGGCUUCAGAUCGAAAGUGGUGCAGACUUCUCUAAACUUCUCCUUACUGGAGCCAGGCGCACUGACAGCGGCAAAUAUAUUGUUACAGCUUCGAACAAUGCAGGAACCUGUUCUGCUCAUGCUAAGGUCGUUGUGCUGGAUAGACCUGGCCCCAUCAGGGAUCUCAAGGUGUCUGGUAUCACCACUGACAGGUGCCAUCUGGCCUGGGAAGUCCCAGAGGAUGAUGGCGGCUGUGAUAUCUACAACUACAUAAUUGAGAAAUGUGAGACCAAGAGGGGAGUCUGGUCUGUCCACUCCAAUGCUGUCAUCACCAACAAAGCUAAAAUCACCCGUCUUAUUGAGGGUAAUGAGUAUAUGUUCAGAGUUAGAGCUGAAAAUAAGAUGGGUCCUGGACCAGCUGUACAGAGUGAUGCCAUUGUUGCUGGAACCCAGUUCAGUGUGCCUGGUGCUCCAGAUGCACCUGAGGUCACCAAGAUCGCCAGGGAGGAGAUGACUGUUCAGUGGUCAGAGCCAGAGAAGGAUGGUGGAAAGCCAAUCACAGGAUAUCUGCUGGAGAAGACAGAGGAGCAUGCAGUUAGGUGGACUCCUGUCAACAAGGAUCCAAUUCCUGCGACUCGUUUCACAGUUACUGGACUCCUUCCCCUUCAUGAUUACCAAUACAGAGUUAAGGCAGUGAAUGAAAUUGGCAUUGGCAGCCCAAGCAAGGCUUCACGUGCAAUCACUGCUAAGGAUGCAGUUGAGCCUCCUGCACCUCCUACUAACUUGAAGGUUUUGGACAGCACCAAGUCUUCGGUCACCUUGGGCUGGACCAAGCCUGUGUCUGAUGGGGGAGCUCCCAUCAUUGGUUAUGUUGUGGAGAUGAGGGCACAGGGAACUGCUAAGAAAGGAGAUGAUGGCUGGAAGAGGUGCAACGUGGCAGCUCAAUUGAUUACGUGCGAGUUCACAGUCACAAGUUUGGAUGAGAACCUUGUGUAUGAAUUCAGAGUGUCAGCUCAGAACCAGGUGGGCAUGAGCCUGCCAUGCAACCUGGAGGGGGCUGUGAUUCCCAGGGAGAUUCUAGAGGCACCUGAGAUUGACAUGGAUGCCAACCUGAAGCAAGGACUGACAGUGAGAGCUGGUUGUCCCAUCAGAUUAUAUGCCACCAUCAGAGGCAGACCGCCUCCAAAGGUCAUUUGGAGGAGGAUGGGUAUUGAUAAUGUGGUCAGGAAGGGUAAAGUUGACAUCAUUGACACGAUGACCUUCCUGGUCAUUCCUGACAGCACGCGUGACGACUCUGGGAAAUACUGCCUGACUCUGCAGAGUCCUGCUGGAGAGAAAGCUGUGUUUGUCAAUGUUAAGGUUCUGGACACUCCUGGACCUGUGAUUAAUCUUGAAGCUACAGACGUCAGACAGACAUCGGUCAUGCUGUCUUGGAGCCCUCCAGAGAACAAUGGUGGCAGUGACAUCACGCACUACAUUGUGGAGAAGCGUGAGAUUGACCGCAAGACAUGGGCAACUGUCAAGGCUGAAGUAGAGUUGGAUAAGAUCCCUUUUAAAGUUGGCGGUCUGAUACCAGGCACAGAGUACUACUUCAGAAUCACAGCCGUCAAUCAGUAUGGUUCUGGGGUUCCCAAAGUGACGCCCACCUCUUACCUGGCCUCUGAUCCUGUCAGCAAGCCAGAUCCUUGUCAGAAAAUCGAAGUUCUAGAAAUCACUAAGAACAGUGCGCUGGUCGGCUGGGUGAAGCCUGCACGGGAUGGUGGUGCCAAGAUCGAUGGCUAUGUAAUUGAAUACAUUGAGGAAGACAAGCCAGAACCUGAAAAGGAAGUGUGGAACGCUUAUACCACAGUUAAAGGUUUGACAGUCAACGUCAGCGGACUAAAGGAGGGCAAGAGGUACAAGUUUAAAGUGGCUGCCAAAAACAUCAUGGGCCUCAGCUUGUUCACUGAAACCAGGGAACCAGUCGAGAUCAAGGAACAGAUGUUGGAACCAAAGAUCAUCAUGCCAGAGUCAGCGAGCGCUAAAGCUGGAGCCAAACUGAGAGUGGAGGCAGUGGUUUCAGGAAAACCUACCCCAACCUGCAAGUGGAUGCGUGAUGAAAAAGCUGUAGUCCCGUCCAGCCGUCUGGCUGUGCACCAGUCCGGCAACUUGUGUGUCUUGAUCAUCAAAGAUGUAUCAAGGACUGACACUGGAGAGUACUGCCUGGUGGCUGAGAACAGCUCUGCAAAGGUGACGCAGACCAUGAAGAUUGUCAUUAGAGACAUACCUGGUCCUCCUCAGGGCCCUGUAGAGAUCAGCGAUAUUGACUCUGAUGCUUGCGCCUUAUCCUGGAACAAACCUCUGGAGGAUGGAGGGAGCAAUAUCACCAACUAUGUAGUGGAGAAAUGUGAUUUGAGUAGAGGCGACUGGGUGACAGCUCUCUCUUCCUGCCCAAAGACUAAUUGCAGGUUGGGAAAGCUUAUCCCUGGGAAGGAGUAUGUGUUCCGCAUCCGUGCUGAGAACCGCUUUGGCGUAUCAGACCCUAUUCAGUCUGACAGGAUGGUCGCCAAGUUCCCAUUUGAUGUUCCAGGCGAACCACUUAACUGCCGCAUCAACAAGACCAACAAAGACUGCAUGUUUGUGGCCUGGGAUAAGCCAGAGAGUGAUGGAGGCAGUCCCAUCACAGGUUACUACAUCGAACGCAAAGAGAGAAACAGUCUCCUGUGGGUGAAGGCCAAUGACACUGUUGUUCGAACCACUGAGUACCCAUGUGCUGGCCUCAUCGAGGGCCUGGAAUACACCUUCAGAGUAUCGGCUAUCAACCGUGCUGGCCAGGGCAAACCGAGCAAGAAGACCGACUUCAUCACUGCUAGAACGCCCGUUGACACUCCAGGUAAACCUGAGGUCCUGGAUGUAACCAAGAACACAGUCACUCUGGUUUGGACCCGUCCCAAGAAUGACGGAGGAAGCAAGAUCAUUGGUUACUAUGUUGAGGCCCUGCGGGUGCCAGGAGACACUUGGAUACGUUGCAACACCAGUAGCCAGAAUGUACCCAGGGAGGAGUACACAGUUACUGGCCUUGAGAGAGACCUGCAGUACCAGUUCAGAGUUAUUGCUAAAACUGCUGUUAACAUGAGCAAACCCUCAGACCCCACAGACCCUGUCCUAGUGUGUGCUGAAAAUGUUCCUCCAAGGCUGGAGCUCAAUGCCAGGAUGCAGAAGGUUUUGAAGGUGAAGGCUGGAACCACAAUUAUCCUGGAGGCUGAGGUGUUCGGUAAGCCCAUGCCCAGAGUGACCUGGAAGAAAGGCGAUGAUAACCUGAAGUCAGGUGAAGGCCAGGUUCUCACCCACCACAGACAGCACUUCCAACUGGAGAUGACAAAUGUUACCAAGCAGCACACAGGAACAUACACUAUCGUGGCUGAGAAUGCCAGUGGCUCCAAGACCGCUGAGAUCCAGGUCAUUGUGCUAGAUGUACCUGGUCCUCCUGCAAAUUACAAAUACCUUGAGGUGUUUGCCACUAGUAUCAAGUUCUCCUGGGAACCUCCUCUUAAGGAUGGUGGUGCCACUGUCACCCACUAUAUUGUGGACAAGCGUGAGACCAGCAGACCCGAAUGGGCUCAGGUUGCAAAUAAAAUUAAGGGUGAUGUCCUUGAGUUCAAUGUGGCGAAGCUAAUUGAGGGCCAUGAAUACCAGUUACGAAUCCGUGCUGAGAACACGUGGGGAGUUGGAGACCCCCUUAUCACCAGCCCUGUCAUCGCCAAGAAUCCAUUCACUGUCCCUGGCCCUUGUGAAGCCCCAGUGAUCACGAAUGUGACCAAAGACCGUAUGACUGUCAGCUGGAAGGAGCCUGCAGAUGAUGGAAAGUCCACUAUCCUGGGUUACAUGCUGGAAAAGAAAGAGACCAAGGAAAUAAACUGGACCAAGUUAAAUAGGAAGCCACUGACAGAAAGAACCCUGGAAGUUACAGGCCUCACGGAGGGAGUCGAGUAUGAGUUCAGAGUUAUUGCUGUCAACGUAGCUGGACUUGGCAAACCCAGCGAGCCUUCUUCUGGCACCAUUGCACAGAAUCCCAUUACUCCUCCUGGACCUGUCGUGAAUCCCACUGUGACUGACACCACCCGCAGCACCAUUAGCCUUGCCUGGACUCCCCCCACCAACAAUGGCGGAAGCCCCAUUAUCGGAUACUUGGUGGAGUGCAAGCGGACAGACACCACAGACUGGAUCCGUUGCAAUGUUCCCAGGAACCUGCAGGAGACCCACUACAUCAUCCAAAACCUCAUUGACAAGUCAGAAUACCAGUGCCGCAUCACUGCUGUCAACAAGGUUGGCUUCAGCGAACCAGUUGAAGUACCUGGGAAACAUGUUGCCAAGGACAUCACUGGUGCCCCCGAGGCUGAGCUGAGUGCAGAAUUGAAGGAGGGGCUGGAACUACGUGCCGGUGCCACCAUGAGACUGUAUGCCGCCAUCAAGGGCCGUCCCACUCCUAAGAUAACUUGGGCAAAGAUGAACACCAAUAUCAAGGACCGUCAGGGCAUCAUCAUCAAAUCCACCAAUGUUGACACCAUGGUGAUGGUGGAGAAAGUGAACAGAUAUGAUGCUGGGAAAUAUAUACUGAACCUGGACAGCUUAGCUGGCAUGAAGAUGUACACCAUCGUUGUCAAAGUUUUUGACACUCCUGGACCACCAGUCAAUCUAAUGGUGAAGGACACAUGUAAGGACAGUGCCUCCAUCUACUGGGAUGUUCCUCUGAUUGAUGGUGGCUUUGAAAUCACCCACUACAUAGUACAGAAACGUGACACUGAGAGGAAGGCAUGGUCUACUGUUUCCAGCAAUUGCACUAAGACAUCAUUCAAGAUUCCAGACCUAGAUCCUGGUCGGUCCUACUGCUUCAGAGUGUCAGCAGUUAACCAGCUUGGUAUUGGAGAGUACUGUGAGACAGCUGAUGCAGUCAGAGCAACAGAGGAGCCUGGGCCUGUUAUGGACUUUAAGACCCUGCUGGUUACCAAAGAUUCUUGCACUUUAAGCUGGAAGAAGCCCCUCUCUGAUGGUGGUAGCCGCAUCAUCUGUUAUGUACUUGAGGUUCUCAAUGGUGAGGACAAAUACAAGGAGUUAAUGAGGUCUAAGAAUAUGCAGUACAGUGCCAAGGACCUGGUGGAGGAUAGAGAGUACACCUACAGAGUCAAAGCUGUGAAUGACACAGGAGAGGGCGCCCCCAAGGAGCUCAAAGUGGUUGCCAAGGACCAGCUCAUUCUUCCCAGUUGUGACUUGAGGGAGUUGCCCAACAUGUGUUACAUUGCCAAGGAAGGCAGCACUGUCCGUUUGAAGAUCCCAAUUAUUGGCAAACCUACACCCAAGGUCACCUGGAAGAAAGGAGAUGAUGAAGACCUGACAGACACCGGCCGAGUGUGUGCCGAGUCCUCAGCAGUUAACACCACCCUCCUGAUCAGGGACUGCCAAAGGACUGAUGCUUCCAAAUACACAAUCACUCUGAGAAACAGUGCUGGAAGCAAGGAGUCCACCAUUUUUGUCAGGGUGGUGGGUAAACCUGGCAUUCCUGUAGGACCAAUUAAAUUCAAAGAUGUUGCUGCUGAUGGAGCCACACUAAAGUGGGGUCCUCCCAAGGAUGACGGUGGCUCUGAAAUUACAAACUACAUCCUGGAAAAGAGGGACUCUGUCACAAAUAUGUGGGUGAAUGUGUCCUCUACUGUGGAGACCAACACCAUGAGAGUGACCGGUCUUCAUGAGGGCACCGAAUACAUCUUCAGAGUAUGUGCUGAGAACAAGUAUGGGGUCGGCGAAGGACUCAAAUCUGAGCCCAUCGUAGCUAAACAUCCGUUUAAUGUUCCUGAUGCUCCUGCUCCUCCUCAAAUUAUAAGUAUGCGCCAUGAUUCUGCUUAUCUUGCCUGGACUGAUCCAAGGAAAACUGGAGGAUCUCCCAUCACAGGUUAUCAUGUUGAGUUCAAGGAAAGGAACAGUAUGUUGUGGAAGAGGGCAAGCCCAGCUGCACUGAAGAUGAAGGAACACAAAGUAACUGGGCUGACUGAAGGUCUGGAGUAUGAAUUCAGAGUGAUGGCAAUUAAUUUGGCUGGAAUUGGCAGGCCAAGUGCUCCCACUGAUCCACAGGUGGCCCUGGAUCCCAUUGAUGCGCCUGGUAAACCAGAUGUAAUCAGCAUUACUAGGAGCACUGUGACCCUCCAGUGGACUGAACCUCAAUUUGAUGGUGGCCACCGGUUGACUGGCUACAUUAUUGAGAAGCGAGACCUGCCUUCUAAAAUCUGGGUUAAGGCAAAUAAUGUGAAUGUUGUGGAAACUGCAUUCACUGCCACUAAUUUGCAAGAGGGCUGCAAAUACGAGUUCAGAAUUCGGGCAAAGAAUGCUGCUGGUGCUCUCAGCCCACCCUCUGAGCAGACAGAUACCAUUAUCUGCAGAGAUGAAUAUGCUGCGCCAACCAUUAUAAUUGAUGCUCAGGUGAUGGAGGGUUUGACUGUCCGAGCUGGUGAUACUAUUGUCAUCACUGCCACAAGCAUUUUAGGCAAACCUGCACCAAGUUCCUGCUGGUCAAAGGGAGGGAAGUAUUUUAAACCCUCAGACCUUGUUCAAAUUGAAACCACUGAAACAUCCUCCACUUUGUCCGUCAAAUAUGCUAGCAGGAAGGACUCUGGAGACUACACGAUCACUGCCAGCAAUCCCUUCGGUGUAAAGGAGGAAACUGUGAAGGUCAGAGUUCUGGAUGUUCCUGGUGCUCCUGGACCCAUUGAUUGCAGUGGUGUAUCCUCGGAAAAGGUAACUCUUACCUGGACAGCUCCUACUGAGGAUGGCGGCUCUCCUAUCAAGUAUUACACCCUGGAGAAAAGGGAGACCAGCCGUCUGCUCUGGACUAUCCUGGAAGACAAGGUUAUUGAUUGUCACUAUGUGGCCAACAAACUCAUCCAGGGCAAUGAGUACUUCUUCAGAGUCUCUGCUGUGAACCAGUAUGGUGCCAGUGAGCCAUCUCACUCUGAGGCAGUCAAAAUGGUUGAUAGAUUUGGUCCUCCUGGUCCACCAUCCAAACCAGAGGUUGAGAAAGUCAAUGGACAUUCAGCCACUGUGACCUGGAGAAGACCAGCUGAAGAUGGGGGAAGUGACAUCAUAGGUUACUGUGUAGAAAAGAAGGAGAAAAAGGGGAUGAGAUGGGUGAGAGCAGCCAAGAAAUCCAUUGUUGAACUCAGCUAUGAAGUCACAGGUCUCACCGAGGGUAUAGAGUAUGAGUUCCGUGUUCUCGCUGAGAACAGAGCUGGGUUUGGAGAGCCAAGUGAACCAUCGAUGCCUGUCAGAACAAUAGUUGUUGCCUAUCCACCUGGACCUCCAGUCAAUCCAAGAGUUACAGACACAACCAAAACUACUGCCACUCUGAACUGGGGAAAACCUCUUGAUAAUGGUGGACUUCAAGUCACUGGAUAUGUCAUUGAGCACAAAAAGGAGGGAACAGAAGAAUGGGUUAAAGAUACCCCUUCGUCUCCACUUAGGAUCACAGAGUUUGUUGUUCCUGGGCUUGAAACUGGUGUAAAAUACUGCUUCAGAAUUAGUGCUGUGAAUGCUAAAGGAGCAGGAGAACCUGCUGAAACUAAGGAAUUCACUGAGAUUGUGGAGCAUGCAGCUGAACCUGCAAUGGAGCUUGAUCUUGAGCUGAGAAAAACUCUUGUUGUCAGAGCUGGCUGCUCCAUUCGCCUUUUUGUGCCAAUCAAGGGACGUCCUACACCUACAGUCACCUGGACCAAGGAAGGUGGAUCUGUUCCACGUGCAGUCAUUGAUAGCACUGAAGCAUUUACAAUGCUAAUCAUUCCUGAAAGUUCAAGAACUGAUGCAGGCAAAUAUGAGCUUACCCUUGAAAACUCAGCUGGAAAGAAGAGUGCUGACAUACAUGUGAGAGUUCUGGAUUCACCUGGGCCUCCACUUAACCUCAAACCAAUCAAGAUUGACAAAGAAAGCAUUACACUUCAGUGGGAAAUGCCUCUCAUUGAUGGUGGAGCAAAGAUCACAAACUAUAUAAUUGAGAAGAGAGAAUCAACACGCAAGGCUUUUGCUACUGCUGUUACAAAUUGCACAACCACUUCAGUCAGAAUUGGAGACCUGAGUGAAGGUUGUGAGUACUAUUUCAGAGUGUCUGCUGAGAAUGAGUAUGGCAUUGGUGAGGCAGUUGAAACUUCUGACCCAAUCCGUGCAUCCCAGACACCAAGUUCUCCAGAGAGCAUUAUACCUACUGAUAUCACCAAGAACUCUGUAAGCCUGGCUUGGACCAAACCUAAACAUGAUGGUGGAAGCAGAAUUACAGGAUAUGUUCUGGAAGCCCAAAAGAAGGGAACUGAUCAGUGGGCCCAUAUUACAACAAUCAAGACCAUGGAUUUCACUGUGAAGAAUCUCAAUGAGAAUGAGGAGUACAUUUUCCGUGUAAUGGCUGUCAACCACUCUGGUAGAAGUGUUCCCCGUGAUAGCAAACCCAUCAUUGUCAAGGAUUCUACUUCUUUGCCUGAGUUUGAUUUGCGUGGUGUUUGUCAGAAGACUGUUAUUGCGAAGGCAGGAGAAGACAUCAAGGUUGAAAUUCCAGUUAUGGGACGUCCUAGACCAACUAUCUCUUGGCAGAAGGAUGGGGCGGCCCUGAAACUCACACAGAGGACCAACGUAGAAACUACUGCUGCUACUGUCAUUAUCAGCAUCAAUGAAUGCACCAGAGCUGACAGUGGUAUAUACACCGUGACAGGAAAGAAUAUUGUUGGAUCUGUGACAGAUAACAUCAUUGUCAAAGUUCAUGAUGUACCUGGGCCACCCAAAGGACCAGUUACGAUUAUGGAAAUAUCACGUACCUAUUGCACCUUUUCAUGGGAAGCUCCUGAGAAUGAUGGAGGGGUUCCCAUCAACAACUAUGUUGUUGAAAUACGAAACACUAUUUCCCAAACAUGGACUGAGUUGUCUUCUGCUGUCAUCCGCACGGUGUUCAAAGCCAUCCGGUUAACGACUGGAUCAGAGUACCAGUUCAGAAUAAAGGCAAAGAACAGAUAUGGUGUUGGACCUCCUAUAACUUCAGAGGCAGUGGUAGCUGCCUAUCCAUUCAAAGUUCCUGGUCCUCCUGGUACUCCUAGUGUUGUUGCUUUUACCAAAAACUCAAUAACAAUUGGCUGGAAUGAGCCGGUGUCUGAUGGUGGAAAUGAAGUCAUUGGUUAUCACGUUGAGAGGAAAGAAAGAAGUGGCAUAAUUUGGUAUAAGAUUAGCAAGGGUAUUGUGAAAGGAAAUAUCUUUAAAUCUGAUGGACUUGAAGAUGGAAUUGCUUAUGAGUUUCGUGUCAUGGCUGAAAAUAAGGCUGGAAUUGGUAAACCCAGCAAGGCCUCAGAACCAAUAUUGGCUUUGGACCCUGUUGAUCCACCAGGUCAACCUGUGCCAAUAUUGGUCAACAAGAAUGCCAUUACUAUUCAGUGGACAAAGCCUGAGUAUGAUGGUGGGUUCAAAAUCACUGGGUACAUAGUGGAGAAGCGAGAACUGCCUGCCGGUCGCUGGAUGAGAGCCAACUUCACCAACAUAAUUGAAACCACAUUCACUGUUAGUGGACUGACUCAGGAUGCCUCUUAUGAGUUCCGUGUCAUAGCCAGGAACUCAGCAGGUGCAGUGAGCAUACCUUCUGAGCCUUCAGAUCCAAUUAUCUGCAAAGAUGAUAUUAUCGAACCACGUAUUAUGGUAGAUGCCAUUUUUAGGGAUGUUGUUCUACUAAAGGCAGGAGAGUCCUUCAAGCUUGGAGCUGAUAUUGCUGGUCAACCGACCCCAUCUAUGGUUUGGACCAAGAAUGGAAAGGAAGUUGAGAAUACAAUGAAACUGGAAGUUAGGUUCACUGAACUGACAACUACUCUAACCAACAAGGACUCUAUCAGGUCAGAUGGAGGUGAAUUCAUUUUGACUGCCACUAAUGUUGGUGGAUUUGCAAAGCACAUCUUUAAUGUUAAAGUGCUUGACAGACCUGGACCACCAGUUGGACCUCUUAAGGUGUCUGAUGUCACAGCUGAUAACUGUGUACUUUCUUGGGCUCCACCUGCAGAUGAUGGUGGUUCCAAGAUUGAAGGAUAUGUGAUUGAGAAGCGUGAAUCAAGCAGACUGGUUUGGACCAGUGUUGUUUCAGACCUGCAAGCUACUCAGUACAAGGUUACUAAGCUGCUCAAAGGAAAUGAAUACAUUUUCAGAGUAAUGGCAGUGAACAAAUAUGGACUCGGCGAAUCUCUUGAAUCACAACCCACUAUUGCAGACAACCCAUAUGUGAUUCCAGAUCCUCCAGAGAAUCCGGAGGUGACAGCUAUUACUAAAGAUUCAAUGGUUGUCAUGUGGCAAGCACCUAAGAGUGAUGGUGGAACUCCCAUCACUAACUACAAUAUUGAAAGAAAAGAUAGACUGGGCCUCCGCUGGGUCAAAUGCAAUAAGAGGAAAGUCAAAGAUCUACAGUUCAAAGCCACAGGUCUUGUUGUUGGACAUGAAUAUGAAUUCAGAAUUAUUGCUGAGAAUGCUGCUGGACUGAGUGCUCCAAGUGUCUCUAGUCCAUUUUAUAAGGCCACUGAUGGACUAUACAAGCCUGGAGCACCAUGCAACCCCAGAAUCUUGGACACAACCAAGUCUUCAAUUACCAUUGCUUGGAACAAACCUGCAUAUGAUGGUGGCUCUGAAAUCACUGGCUACAUUGUAGAGACAUGCAUCCCAUCUGAAAAGAAGGAAGAGGAGGAAUGGACCAUUGUGACACCAAAGGAAGGUCUUCUUGCUACCUCAUUCACCAUUAUUAAUCUGAAAGAGAAUCAGGAGUACAUGAUUAACAUUUCUGCUGUUAACAGUGAGGGAAUUGGAGAGGCAGCAUCUGUACCUGGCAAUCCUAAGGCAGAGGACAGGCUUCUCCCACCUGAGAUUGAUUUGGAUGCUGAGCUUCGGUCAGUUGUCAGACUUAGAGCUUGCUGCUCACUUAGACUGUUUGUGCCUAUCAGAGGCAGGCCACCCCCUGAGGCUAAAUGGACCAAAGGAGAUGGGGAGCCAGUUGAGAGGGCAACCAUUGACAGCACAUCAUCAUACACAUCACUGGUAAUUGAAAAUGUCAACAGAUUUGACAGUGGAAAGUAUAAUCUUACUGUUGAAAACAGCUCUGGCUCCAAGACAGUUACAGUCCAAGUCAGAGUGCUUGAUACACCAAGUGCCCCACAGAAUCUGAAGAUUACUGCUGUAACAAAGGAUGCUGUGACUCUGACUUGGGAUCCACCAGUGAAUGAUGGUGGAGUCAAGAUUAAGAACUAUAUUGUUGAAAAACGUGAGUCUACAAGGAAAGCAUAUGCCACAGUCAGUGCUAACUGCCAUCAAACCACCUUCACUGUUGACCAGCUCCUGGAAGGAUGCAACUAUUACUUUAGAGUUUUAGCUGAGAAUGAGUAUGGCAUUGGCUUGCCCAUUGAGACUGGUGAAUCAGUUAAGGUGUCUGAGAAACCACAGCCUCCUGGCAAAAUCACUCUUAGGGAUGUUACCAAAAACAGUGUCACUCUCUCCUGGGAGAAGCCCGAGCAUGAUGGUGGCAGUAGAGUGGGCUGUUAUGUUGUUGAGAUCCUUCCUAAGGGUGCUGACAAGUGGACGCAAGCUCUGAUUGUAAAAGAAACUGAAGCUACUAUUAGUGGACUAAGUGCAGGUGAAGAAUAUAUGUUCCGUGUAGCUGCAAGAAAUGAAAAGGGAACAAGCGACCCACGUCAAAUUGGAGUUCCUGUGAUUGUAAAAGACCUUGUUAUUGCACCUGUUGUCAAAAUGUUGUUCAACACAUUUACUGUGUUGGCAGGAGAAGAUCUGACAGUGGAGAUUCCCUAUGUUGCACGCCCCAAAGCAACUGUCUCCUGGGUAAAGGAUGGCCAGCCUCUUAAAAGAACUACCAGAGUAAACUUUGGUGCAACAGAUGCAAUGAUGAAUCUUACUAUAAAAGAAGCUACUAAAGAUGAUGUUGGACACUACAUUAUUACUCUUAGCAGCACAGCAGGUGAGACUACAGCAGAUAUUGGCAUUGUUGUUCUUGACAAACCUGGUCAACCAGGCGGUCCAGUUAAGGUAGAGGAGGUCACUUCUGACAGUAUAACCAUCGCCUGGAAUCCACCAGAGUAUGAUGGUGGUUGCACCAUCAAAAACUAUAUUGUGGAAAAGAGAGACACAUCUACCACUAACUGGAUGGUUGUAUCUUCCAACCUGGCAAGGACCAAAAUUAAGGCAGGCAGGCUGAAGACAGGUUCUGAGUAUCAGUUUAGAAUUACUGCAGAAAACAGAUACGGAAAAGGCCCAGCUCUUCUGUCAUCAUGCAUUGUGGCGCAAUACCCAUAUAAGCUCCCGGGGCCCCCAGGAACACCAUCCAUUGCAGCUUGCACCAAAGAUAGCAUGGUGGUGAUCUGGAACGAGCCUGUCAUUGAUGGUGGGAGCGCUAUCUUGGGCUACCAUCUUGAACGGAAAGAGAGGAACAGCAUCCUGUGGGUCAAGCUUAACAAAUCUCUUAUUACUGACCAAACUUUUAAGACCAGUGGUCUGGAACCAGGCAUGGAGUAUGAAUACAGAGUUUAUGCUGAAAACAUUGUUGGAAUAGGCAAAGUCAGUAAAGUGUCUGAGGGAUACAUUGCUAGAGAUCCUUGUGAUCCACCUGGUACCCCAGAGGCAACAAAGAUAACUAAGGACUCAGUGACUAUUGUUUGGACCAAACCUGAGUAUGAUGGUGGUGCAAAGGUUACAGGCUACAUUGUGGAAAAGAAGGAACUUCCCGAGGGUCGCUGGGUGAAGGCGAAUUUUACUAAUGUAAUUGAGACAGAAUAUAUUGCAACUGGCCUUGUGGAGGGCAAUCAAUAUGAGUUCCGUGUCAUUGCCAGAAAUGCUGCUGGUGUUUUUAGUAUUCCUUCUUACAGCACUGGUGCGAUUACUGCCAGAGAUGAGAUUGAGCCACCACGUAUCAGCAUUGACCCAGAGUAUACAAAGACUAUUGUUGUCAGUGCUGGAGACAACUUCAAAAUUGAUGCAGAUGUUCAUGGAAAACCACUGCCCUCUAUCCACUGGAUGAAGGGAGAGCAGGAACUGGGCAAUACAAUUCAUAGAGAAAUUAAGAACACACCCACCAAAGCUUUUAUAUCUGUCAAGGAAGCUAAACUGUCUGACGGAGGGCAAUACAUUUUGCUGCUGAAAAAUCCAGGAGGAGAAAAGACUGUACAGAUCAAUGUGGUUGUUCUAGAUAAACCUGGAGAACCACAAGGGCCUCUUGUUGUCACAGGAAUAACCAAAGACAGAUGCAGUCUUGCAUGGAAACCACCAUUGCAGGAUGGUGGCAGCAAGAUCACUCACUACAUUGUGGAGAGAAGAGAGACAAGCAGGCUAAUCUGGAGUGUUGUUGACCCAAAAGUGGAGAAUAUUUGUCUAAAAGUUACUAAGCUCCUGGAGGGAAAUGAAUACAUCUUCAGAGUCCAUGCUGUCAACCAAUUUGGAGUGGGUGCACCACUUGAAUCUCCCGCCGUCUUGAUCAAGGAUCCAUACAUGCCACCUGGAUCACCCAAGAACUUGGAAGUUUCAAAUAUUAAAAAGGAUUCAAUGUUGCUCACCUGGGAGGUUCCUUCUGAAGAUGGUGGCAGUCCUAUCACUGGAUAUAUAAUUGAGAAGCAUGACAAAGAGGGUGUAAGAUGGACUAGAUGCAAUAGGCAAACAGUCACUGAUUUGACUUUUAAGGUCACAGGACUCCUGGAAAGCCAUAAUUAUGAAUUCAGAGUUGCGGCUGAGAAUGCUAUUGGUGUUGGUGAGCCAAGCUCCUCAACUGUUUUUUACAAAGCUCUUGAUCCUAUCUUUAGACCUGGUCCACCACAAAAUCCAAGAGUUACUGACACUACAAAAACUUCAGUAUUCCUGUCAUGGGGAAAACCCAUCUCUGAUGGAGGCUGUGAGAUUCAAGGAUACAUCGUUGAGUGCUGCUCUACCACUGCAGAAGGAGCUGCCACAGAUGCACCUGCUGAAGAAUGGAUAAUGUGCACACCACCUACAGGUGUUAAGAAGACUAAGUUUGAAGUUGCAAAUCUGAAGGAAAACCAGGCAUACAAAUUUAGAGUAUGUGCAGUCAACAAAGUAGGAGUUGGUGAGCAUGCUGAUGUGUCUGGAACUGUUGUUGCUCAGGACAGAGCAGAAGAGCCAGACCUUGACAUUGACCCAGAACUGAGAAAGAUUGUGACCAUUAAAGCUGGUGCUUCCCUUAGACUUUUUAUCCCUGUCAAAGGAAGGCCCACUCCUACCAUAAAGUGGGACAAAGAUGAAGCUGCCCUUAAAGAGACUGCUCAGGUGGAGAUAACCAGCAGUUAUACUUUGCUUGUGGUUGAUAAGGUGAGCAGAAAUGAUAGUGGAAAAUACACAGUCACUGCAGAGAAUUCAAGUGGAACCAAAUCUGCAUUUGUUGUUGUCCGUGUCCUUGACACACCUAGUGCUCCUGUUAAUCUUAAAGUGAAAGAAAUUACAAACCAGUCAGUAACACUGGAAUGGGAACCACCUCUGUUGGAUGGUGGAUCCAAGAUCAAGAACUACAUUAUUGAAAAGAGAGAAAGCACACUUAAAACAUUUGCAGCUGUUGUUACAAAUUGUCAUGCUCUUUCAUGGAAGAUCGAGCCACUCCAGGAGGGCUACAGUUACUACUUCCGUGUUCUUGCCGAAAAUGCUCAUGGUGUUGGCUUGCCUGCAGCAAUUGUUGAUCCUCUUAAGAUCUCAGAAGUGCCCCAGGCUCCAAAGAAUUUGAUUGUUACAGAUCAGACAAAAACAAGUAUAUCUCUGGCCUGGGAGAAGCCAGAGUAUGAUGGUGGUAGCAGGGUCAUGCAGUACCUGCUUGAGGUGCAGUUGAAGGGCCAAGACAAAUGGUCUGCUGUAAACACAUUUAAGACAAUGGAGGCUACAGUCUCCAAUCUGAACCCCAGAGAGGAGUAUCUAUUCAGAAUUACAGCUGUCAAUGAUAAAGGAAAGAGUGACCCUAAAGUCCUUUCUGGGCCAGUGAUGACCAAAGACUUGGUCUUUGAGCCAGAUGUCCGCCCAGCAUUCAGCAGCUACAGUGUUCAUGUGGGCAAAGACAUUAACAUUGACAUUCCUGUCUUUGGACGUCCUAAACCUACCAUCACAUGGUCUAAAGAUGGAGCUCCCUUGAAGUUUACUACAAGAGUUAAUAUUCUCAAUACAUCAACACAUACAACACUAAGCAUAAAGGAGGCAGCAAGUGAUGAUGGUGGUAUGUACAGUAUAAAUGUCACAAACUCAGUUGGAAAGAAAGACACAACAAUUGAAGUUAUUGUACUUGACAAACCUGGCCCUCCAUGUGGCCCUGUGAGAUUCAAUGAAAUCACAACACAGAGUGUCACUAUAUCAUGGGACCCACCCAAACACAAUGGUGGAUGCCAAAUUUCAAACUACAUUGUACAGAAGAGAGAUACCACUACUACAACAUGGGAAAAUGUUAGCAUCAACUGGGCCAGAACGACCAUUAAAGUGUCUAGACUAAAGACUGGAGCUGAGUACCAGUUCAGGAUCAUUGCCCAGAAUCGUUAUGGCAAAAGCCAUGGUCUUGAUUCAUCUGCUGUAGUUGCUCAGUACCCAUACAGAGAGCCAGGGCCUCCAGGCACUCCUUUUAUCUCUUCCCUCUCUAGGGACCACCAAGUUGUUGAGUGGCAUGAACCUGUCACAGAUGGAGGUAGUCCUGUUCUUGGCUACCAUCUUGAAAGGAAAGAGAGGAAUAGUAUUCUCUGGGUCAAGAUCAAUAAGACUCUUAUCCAUGAGCCUAGUUUCAAGAGUUACCCCUUGGAGGAAGGUGUUGAGUAUGAAUACAGGGUUUAUGCAGAAAAUAUUGUUGGAAUUGGCAGGAGCAGCAAAGUCUCAGAGGGCUGUGUUGCCCGUGAUCCAUGUGAUCCUCCUGGAACACCAGAGGCCAUCCAUGUGACCAAAGAUACUAUUGUCAUUCAGUGGACUAAACCAGAAUAUGAUGGUGGCAGUAAUAUCACUGGCUAUAUUGUGGAAAAGCGUGAUCUGCCUGAGGGCAGGUGGGUAAAGGCAAAUUUUACUAAUGUGAUUGAGACCCAGUUUACAGUAACUGGUCUGACUGAAAAAGCACAGUAUGACUUUAGAGUCAUUGCUAAAAAUGCUGUUGGCACUGUCAGCAAACCAUCAUAUAAUAGUGGACCUAUCACUGCAAGUGAUGCGGUGGAGGCACCAAAAUUCUCCAUUGACCCGGAAUUCACCAAGACCAUUAUCAUCAAUGCUGGAGAGACAUUUAAGCUAGAUGCUGAUGUACGUGGCAAGCCACUGCCAACAAUCCAGUGGUUCAAAGAUGACAAACCAAUUGAGAACACACUUCGACUAGAGAUCAGAAACACAGAAAACCAUGCAAUGAUUGUCAUUAAGGACUCCGUUAGAAUUGAUGGUGGCAUUUAUAUGCUUCAGCUGACAAAUGAAGCUGGCAGUGAAACUGUUCCAUUUAAGGUUUUGGUCCUGGACAGGCCUAGCCCAUGUGAAGGACCACUCCACAUCACUGGAGUUGCUGAAGAUAGAUGCACACUGGUAUGGCGUCCCCCUCUACAUGAUGGAGGCAGUCCUAUUACACAUUACAUCAUUGAAAGAAGAGAGACAAGCCGUUUAGCUUGGACUGUUGUUUCUAGCAGCUGUAACACCACAUGCUACAAAGUUACCAAAUUACUGGAAGGUGAUGAGUAUAUGUUCCGUGUCAUGGCAGCUAAUAGUCAUGGUAUAAGUGAGCCACUAGAGUCUGGUGCAGUGAUAAUGAAGACUCCAUUUGUUCCUCCUGGUCCACCACACAUUGAGGAUGUAUCUAACAUUGCCCAUGAUGGUAUGACCAUCUCUUGGUCUGCGCCUGAGUCUGAUGGCGGCAGUGAAAUUACCAAUUACGUAAUUGAGAAGAGAGACAGAGCUGGGAUCAAAUGGACCAGAUGUAACAGACAGAAGGUUACUGAUCUUUCAUUUAGAGCUACAGGCCUAUCCACAGGCCAUGAGUAUGAGUUCAGAGUGGCUGCUGAGAAUAUAGUAGGAGUGGGAGAGCCAAGCCUUGCAAGUUCAUACUACAAGGCCUGUGAUCCCAAGUACAAACCUGGAGCCCCAGGAUAUGUGCAUGUGAUUGAUUCAACAAAGAGUUCUAUUACUGUGUCAUGGGGUAAGCCUCUGUCUGAUGGUGGUAGUGCCAUUCAAGGAUACAUUGUUGAAGUCUGCAAGGCUGAAGAGGAAGAAUGGACUAUGGUUACUCCUCCAACUGGCCUGCGUGUCAACAAAUAUGAAAUUACAAAGCUUACUGAGGGCCAGGAAUACAAGAUCCAAGUGUGUGCUCUGAACAAACUGGGAGUUGGUGAGCCAGCAGUUCUCUCUGGAACAGCUAAGCCUGAAGAAAGGGUGGAACCACCUGUGAUCCACCUUGACUCUGAGCUGAGAAAGGGCAUCGUAGUGAAAGCAGGUGGAUCUGUUAGAAUUAGUAUUCCAUUCAAGGGCAGACCAACACCUGAGAUUAAGUGGACUAAGGAUGAAGGAAACCUGAGUGAAAAACCAGUGGUUGAGAAAGCUCACACUUUCACACAGUUGUCCAUUGACUCGUGUGACAGAAGCGACUCAGGAAAAUACACCCUGACUCUGACCAACAGCAGUGGCACAGUGUCUGAAUUUGUUGCAGUUAAAGUCCUGGAUGCACCUGGGGCCCCACAGAACCUUGUUGUUAAAGAAGUCAGAAAGGAUUCUGUCACUCUUGUGUGGGAUGCUCCACUGAUUGAUGGAGGUGCCAAAAUCAAGAACUAUGUCAUUGACAAACGUGAAUCAACGAAAAAGGCAUAUGCAAAUGUGUCCACAAAAUGCACCAAAACAACAUUCAAAGUUGAGAACUUGAUUGAAGGUGCUAUGUAUUAUUUCAGAGUCAUGGCUGAGAAUGAAUAUGGAAUCGGUCAGGCGGUAGAAACGAAGACUGCUUCCAAGGCCUCGGAGGUACCACUGCCUGUUGGAAAGGUCCUCCUCACUGAUGUCACAAAGUCCAGUGCCUCACUGGCCUGGGAGAAACCUGAGCAUGAUGGUGGUAGUAGAAUUGCUGGCUAUCUAAUUGAGAUGCUGCCUAAGGGUACAGAUAAGUGGGGAGUUGCAACAAAUACAAAGACAUGUGAGGGUACUGUCACAGGCCUCACAGCUGGAAUGGAAUACCUAUUCCGUAUCAUUGCUUUCAAUGAGAAGGGAAAGAGCGAGCCAAAAGCACUUGCUGCACCUGUAAUUGCCAAUGACAUGACCAUUGAGCCAAGCAUCAAAAUGCAAUUCAACACUUACACUGUAUUAGCUGGAAAAGACCUAAAGUUAGAGUUCCCUGUUCUUGGCAAGCCAAAACCUAAGAUCGCCUGGGCCAAGGAUGGUCAAUCUUUGAAGUUGACAUCAAGAGUCAAUAUAAUAAACACUUCAACAACAACUGGAAUUGAAAUUACUGAGGCAUGCAAGGACGACUUUGGCAAAUAUACAAUUACAGCAACCAGUACUGCUGGGACAAUCACAGAGGACGUGGCUGUCAUUAUCCUCGACAAGCCUGGUCCACCAAAAGGUCCAGUCAAGGUUAUUGAAGUGAGCAACACCUUUGUCCAUCUCUCCUGGGAGCCCCCAGAAUACACUGGUGGAUGCCAAGUAAAGAAUUACAUAGUGGAAAAGAGAGACACAACCACUACAACAUGGCAAACAGUCACCACGCAGCUAGCUAGAACAGCUUUUAAGGUCACCAAGCUGAAGACAGGUGCAGAGUAUCAGUUUAGAAUCACAGCUGAAAACCGAUAUGGAAAGGGUGUACCUCUGGAUUCCAAGGCCAUUGUGGUGCAAUAUCCAUUCAAACCACCUGGGCCUCCAGGGACACCAUAUGUCAAAUCUGCAACCAAGGAAAUGAUGAUCAUUGAAUGGAAUGAGCCAGUCAGUGAUGGUGGAAGUGCAGUUAUUGGCUACCAUCUGGAAAGCAAGGAAAGAAGCAGCAUUCUGUGGAACAAACUAAACAAGACUCUCAUCACUGAUACCCAGUUCAAGAUCUGCAACCUUGAGGAGGGUAUUGGGUAUGAAUUCAGAGUUUAUGCUGAAAAUAUUGUUGGCAUUGGCCGAUGCAGUAAAGUAUCUGAGUCUUUUGUUGCUCGUGACCCAUGUGAUCCUCCUGGUAUUCCAGAAGCUGUAUCUAUUUCUAAGAACCAAAUCAAGAUUCAGUGGACUAAGCCUCAGUAUGAUGGUGGUAGCAAAGUGAAUGGAUAUAUUGUGGAAAGGAAAGACCUUUCUUCCCCUGAUGGACGCUGGGUAAGAGCUAACUUUACCAAUAUAGUUGAGACUGAGUACACUGUCACUGGUCUGACAGAGAAUGAGCAAUAUGAAUUCAGAGUUAUUGCAAGAAAUGCAGCUGGAGUCUUUAGUGAACCGUCUGACAGCUCUGGACCUAUUACUGCUACUGAUGAAAUUGAACCACCAAGGGCCUCAAUGGAUCCCAAAUACAAAGACGUUAUUGUUGUAAAUGCUGGAGAAAAUUUGCUUCUUGAUGCAGAUAUCUAUGGAAAACCAAUUCCUGAGGUACUCUGGCUAAAAGAGGGCAAAGAAAUGGACAAAGCCUUGCGCAUUGAAGUGAAAACCACACAGAAACGUGCAGCCAUAAACAUUAAAGAUGUAACCAAGCUUGAUAGUGGCCACUAUGACCUUGUCCUCAAAAAUCUGGGUGGUACAAAAUCCUUCCCUAUCACAGUUAAAGUCCUUGAUAAACCAGGUCCACCCACUGGACCCAUGAAGGCUACUGGGGUCAUGGCCGACAGGUGCGUCCUUGCCUGGUCUGAGCCGGCUCUAGAUGGUGGGGCCAGUAUCACUCACUAUGUACUGGAGAAGAGAGAGACUAGCAGAUUGUCCUGGACAGUGGCUGCACCAGAUAUCAAGGGUCUAUACCAUAAAGUAACAAAUUUGCUUCCUGGAGAUGAAUACAUUUUCAGAGUCAGAGCAGUGAACAAAUAUGGUGUUGGUGAUUAUCUUGAAAGUGAACCCAUCAUUGCACGCAAUCCUUAUAAGCCUCCUAGUGCACCUGGAACUCCAGAAGCCAGUCUGAUCACAAAGGACUCUAUGGUUUUGUCAUGGACAGCUCCAGAACAGAAUGGUGGAGCGGAAAUUGGAGGCUACCACCUUGAAAAACGUGACAAGGACAGUGUACGGUGGACAAAAUGCAACAGACAAAAGCUGACUGACACCCACUUCAAAGUCACCGGUCUGAUCAUGGAUCACUUCUAUGAGUUCCGUGUUGCUGCUGAGAAUGAGGUUGGAAUGGGAGAUUUCAGUGAAUUGUCCCUGUUCUACAGGGCAUUUGAUGCAACAACACCACCUGGACCUCCACACCAUCCUAAGGUAACAGAUUACACAAAGUCUUCUGUGUCUCUGUCCUGGGGGAAACCUGACUUUGAUGGUGGAGCUUAUAUCAAGGGAUACAUUGUUGAAAUGAGGGAAUACACAGCAAUGCCUGGGUCAACAGAGGAGGCAGAAAUAGCACCUGCAGUGGAAGCUCCAGUUGAGAAAGAAUGGACAAUGUGCACACCACCCAGUGGCAUUCAAGCCACCAAACUCACUAUCACAGACUUGAAGGAGGGUGGCGAAUACCAGUUCCGUGUCUAUGCUAUUAAUUCAGAGGGUGUGGGGGAGGCUGCUAAUGUCCAUGGUACAGUGGUAACUUCUGACAGGGCAGAAGCACCGGAGAUGGAGCUGGAUGCUGAACUCAGAAAGGUUGUAUCUGUCCGUGCUGGUGGAACACUACGUCUGUUUGUCACCAUCAGAGGAAGGCCUAAGCCUGCUGUAAAAUGGGACAAAGUGGAGGGUGUCCUCACAGAGCGUGCUGUAAUCGAUACUACCAGUUCAUACACCAUGCUUGUCAUUGACAAUGUUAAUCGUUUUGACAGUGGCAAAUACUCACUAACACUAGAAAACAGCAGUGGCAAAAAAUCUGCAGUUGUUGCAGUGAGAAUUUUGGAUACACCAAGUGCACCACAAAACUUUACUGUGAAGGAGCUAAAGAAGGAUUCAGUGACUCUUGUCUGGGAUGCUCCACUUACUGAUGGUGGUGCAAAAAUCACUAACUACAUUAUAGAGAAGAGAGAGUCUGUUAGGAAGGCCUAUACGGCCGUCACCAGCAACUGCACAGCAAACUCAUUUAAGAUUGAAGACCUGCCAGAAGGUGGAAAUUUCUACUUUAGAAUUUGUGCUGUUAAUGAAUAUGGCCAAGGUCAGAUGGUUGAAACCAAAGAAGUGAAAGUGGCUGAGGUACCUCUGCCACCAAACAAGGUUACCCUUGUAGAUUUGACCAAGACCAGCGUGUCACUGACUUGGGAAAAACCUGCUCAUGAUGGUGGAAGCAAAGUAAUGUGCUACAAUGUAGAAUUUAAGCCUAAGAGUGGGGAUAAAUGGGGCACAGCAUGUACAGUUAAGGUACCAGAAGCAACUAUUCCUAAUUUAACUCCAAAUGAAGCUUAUUUAUUCAGGGUUGUUGCAGUCAAUGAGAAAGGGAAGAGUGAGCCAAAGGAUCUUGGCUUGCCUGUGGUUGCAAAGGAUGUAGCAGUUGAACCAUCUAUAAAUUUACUGUUUACCACAUACAGUGUAAAGGCCGGAGAUGACCUCACUCUUGAGGUUCCAAUAAGAGGCCGACCAAAGCCUGCUGUAUCCUGGAAGAAGGAUGGCCUUCCUUUGAAGCAAACAACAUCAGUGACUAUCUUAAACACUGCAGCCUCAUCCAAAAUCAUUAUCAAAGAGGCUAAGAAGGAACAUGUUGGGAAGUAUGAAAUCACUCUGGCAAACACAGCAGGAACUGUCACAGCAGAUCUUGGAGUCAUUGUUCUUGAUAAACCAGGUCCACCUAAAGGAAUUAAAGUGGAUGCAGUGACUUCAGACAGCAUCACCCUCUCCUGGUCCCCACCAGAAUACGAUGGUGGCUGCUCCAUCAGCAACUACAUUGUGGAGAAGAGAGACACAAACACACAGGAAUGGCAGAUGGUAGCAAGUAAUGUUGCUCGAACAUCAUUCAAAGCUGGACGCCUGACACAUGGAGCAGAGUACCAGUUCCGCAUUUAUGCAGUUAACCGCUAUGGAAAGAGUACCUACCUUGAUUCACCUGGAAUCACUGCUCAGUACAGUUUCAAACAACCGGGACCUCCUUCUACACCCAUAGUGAAACUGGCUACCAAGUCUUUUAUGUUGGUGACCUGGAAUGAGCCAGUUAGUGACGGUGGUAGUCCUGUUCUGGGCUACCACCUGGAGAGAAAAGAGCGUUCUAGCAUUCUUUGGACAAAGAUGAACAGAGGAAUGAUCAAAGAUACAGAAUACAAAGUCAGUGGAAUUGAAGAGGGUAUGAUGUAUGAAUACCGUGUGUAUGCUGAAAAUAUUGCUGGUAUUGGUAAAUGCAGCAAGGCUUGUGAAGCUGUAGCAGCAAGAGAUCCAUGUGACCCUCCAGGUACACCUGUUGUCACUGCAAUUACCAGAACAUCAGUCUCCUUGUCAUGGGACAAACCAGAAUAUGAUGGUGGAGCAAAGGUUUCUGGCUACAUAAUUGAGCGCAGAGACCUUCCUGAAGGACGAUGGACAAGGUGCAACUUCACUAAUGUACCUGAGACCCAUUAUGAUGUGACAGGCCUUACAGAGAACAGCCAGUAUGAUUUCCGUAUAAUUGCAAAGAAUGCAGCUGGACUGUUCAGUAUACCAUCAGACAAUACUGGUCCCAUCACUGUUAGGGAUGAUGUGGAUCCACCACGCAUUAUGAUUGAUGUCAAGUUCAGAGAGACAGUGUUUGUGAAAGCAGGAGAAACUCUAAAGAUUAAUGCAGAUUUUGCGGGACGUCCUGCCCCUGUCAUUUCUUGGACCAAGGAUGGCAAAGAGAUUGAGCUACGAGCCAGAAUCCAAAUUAUUUCGACUGACACCAGCACAUGUGUCACUGUGAAGGAUUGCAUCAGAAGAGAUUCUGGACAAUAUGCCCUUACUUUACAAAAUAUUGCCGGAACAGUUACCAUGCCAAUAAAUUGUGUGAUUCUAGAUAGACCAGGACCAUCAGCAGGACCUCUGCAGAUCACAGGUGUCACAGCUACAGAGUGCACUUUGUCAUGGGGUCCACCUCAGGAGGCAGGUGGGUCAGACAUCACUCAUUAUGUUGUUGAAAAACGUGAGACCAGUCGGCUGUCAUGGACACUGGUGAAGACAGAUAUCACAAAAACACACUUUAAAGUCACAGGCCUGCUCAAGGGCAAUGACUAUAUCUUUAGGGUUCUGGCUGUUAACAAGCAUGGUGUUGGUGAAGCUCUGGAGAGUGAUGUUAUAAAGGUUACAGAUCCAUACACAUUUGCCACUGCUCCAGCUAGUGUUGAUGUAACUACCAUAACUGGAGACUCAAUGACUCUCACCUGGUGCAAGCCAGCCAAUGAUGGAGGCAGUCCCAUUACUGGAUAUGUGAUUGAACGACGUGAGAAGACAAGCAUGCGCUGGGUCCGUGUGAACAAACAUCCAGUUCCUGAAUGUACCACAGUAGUAACCAAACUGCGCAAGGGUUGUGAAUAUGAUUUCAGAGUCUAUGCUGAAAAUGCAGCUGGUCUAAGCCCUCCAAGUGAAUCAUCUGCAACGUUCAGAGCAGCAGAUCCCUUGGUCGUUCCCUCUCGUCCAACCAAGCCAAAGAUUGUGAAUUCAACCAAAGACAGUGUGUCUAUUGUCUGGAAACCACCAACAGAUGAUGGUGGUGCUCCUAUCCUUGGAUACAGUGUAGAAUACAGAGACUACAUCCGGAAACCAGAGACAGAGGUAGAAGAGGAAGAAUAUGAGGAGGAAGAGGAGGUCCCUGAGUCACCUGAAGAACUAGCAAGAUGGGUUGAGGCCAUCCCUCUUACAAAAAGCUUAGAAUUCACCAUUGGUGGAUUAAAGACAGAUGCAGAAUAUGAAUUCUGUGUUAGAGCAAUCAGUAAAGUUGGCAGCAGUAUGCGUAGUCCAUAUUCAAAUGCAGCUGCAGCGAAGGACAGAACUGUAGAACCAUCAUUUGAUGUUGACACUGAGAUACGUAAAGUACUUGUUGCUAAACAUGGCACAGCAUUUUCUCUUAAUGUGCCAUUCAAGGGAAACCCUUUGCCAUCAGUAACAUGGGCUAAGGAGGGUGUUGAUCUGAAGGUCAGAGGAACCAUUGAAUCAGCAGAGUCCAGCACUUCAUUGACUAUUGAGAAGUCAACUAGAAAUGACUCUGGAGAAUACACUGUCACAAUUGAAUCACCACUGGGAAAAGCAACAUUGCCCAUAGUUGUCAAGGUGCUCGACUCCCCAGGACCCCCAGUCAAUGUUAAAGUAUCUUCAGUGACCAGGGACUCUGCAACCCUCACUUGGGAGGCUCCCGAGAAUGAUGGUGGUGAUCCAGUAAAAGCCUACCAUGUUGAAAAACGUGAGGCCAGUAAGAAAGCCUGGGUGUCUGUGACCAGCAACUGCCGCACUCUGACUUACAAGGUGGAAGACCUCCAGGAGGGAGCCAUCUAUUAUUUCAGAGUCAUUGGAGAAAAUGAGUAUGGAGUGGGUGUCCCGCUGGAGGCUAAGGCUGGGACAAAGAUUACAGAGGUACCAAGUCCACCGAUGAAACUUGGAGUUGCAAAUGUUACCAAGGACAGCGUUACAAUUGUGUGGACCAGACCAGAAUAUGACGGUGGGAGCAAAGUCACUGGUUACCUUAUUGAUGCUGUUGAGAAAGGGCAGACCAAGUGGGUGAAAUGUGCCACUGUGAGGACAAUGACUCACACUAUCAAGAGCCUUCGGGAAGGUGCCGAGUACUUUUUCAGAGUCCGCGCUGAGAACCAUGCUGGACUUAGUGAACCCAAGGAGAUGAUCGUUCCUGUUAUUGUUAAGGAAAUACACGAGGCUCCAGAGUUUGACCUGAAGAACUAUCCCAAGAAUACAGUUUAUGUAAAAGCAGACUCCAACCUGACUUUUGAGAUUCCAUUAACUGGCAGGCCCAUGCCAAAGGUCACUAUAUCCAAGAACAACGUCGUCAUUAAGGCGUCCAAGAGGCUGUUGACAGAAGUAACUCCUGAUAGCUUAAUAAUCACCCUAAAUGAAAGCGUUUCAGCCGAUGCUGGCAAAUAUGAAAUCACCGCCUCAAAUGCAGGAGGUACCACCAGGAUUUUCAUUAUCUUUGUUGUGCUGGACAAACCUGGACCUCCUGUUGGUCCAGUUCAGAUUGGAGAAGUUGGAGAGACAACAGUCCAUCUGAAAUGGGCUCCUCCAGAGUAUGAUGGUGGCAGUCCUGUUACCAAUUAUGUUGUUCUUAAACGUGAAACCAGCACUCCUGCCUGGGUAGAGGUAUCCACUGCCAUUGCCAGAAGUGAGAUCAAGGUGACUAAACUGACCAAGGGAGAGGAGUAUCAGUUCAGAAUCAAGGCUGAAAAUCGUUAUGGUGUCAGUGACCACAUUGACAGCAAGCCAGUCACGAUAAAGCUUCCAUACAUUGUCCCUGGACCUCCAUCCACACCUUGGGUUAGCUUUGUGUCCAGAGAGAGUCUCACAGUCUGUUGGAAUGAGCCAGUCAAUGAUGGUGGAAACCCUGUGAUUGGAUACCAUCUCCAGAUGAAAGAGAGGAGCAGCAUCCUUUGGCAGAAAAUCAAUAAGACUGCAAUCCCAGGAAACCAGUGGCAUGUUACAAACAUUUGCCCUGGUCUCAUCUAUGAAUUCAAGGUGGCAGCUGAAAAUGCUGCUGGUAUUGGAAAAAUGAGCAAAACCUCAGAAGAAGUUCUUGCUAUUGAUGCCUGUGAGCCCCCAGCAAAUGUUCGUGUCACAGAAGUCACCAAGAACUCAGUUAGCCUGACCUGGCAGAAGCCUCCAUUUGAUGGUGGCAGCAAGAUUACUGGCUACAGUGUGGAAAGGAGGGAGGCCCCCAGUGGCAGAUGGGUGAAGGCCAACUUUACGAACAUCAUUGAGCUGGGUUUCACUGUAUCUGGACUGAACCAGGAUGAGUCUUAUGAGUUCAGAGUGUAUGCUAAGAAUGCAGUUGGGUCUGUCAGCAACCCAUCUCUCAUUGCUGGACCAGUCACUUGUGUUGAUGCAUGUGGUGCCCCAGCCAUUGACCUUCCUCCAGAGUAUCUGGAUGUGGUUCAGUACAAAGCUGGAGCUUCAGUUAAGCUCAGAGUAGGAAUUAUUGCCAAGCCUCUGCCAACCAUUGAGUGGCUCAAGAAUGGAAAGGAACUUGUAACAACCUCCACUGUGUCUGUUGAAAGCACAACAGACUCUUCUGCUGUUCUGAUCAAGGAUGCAACUCGCCUUGAUACAGGUUCAUAUGAGAUCAAGAUUAGGAACGUUCUGGGGUCAGCAUCUGCAACCAUCAGGAUUGAAAUCCUAGACAAACCUGGACCCCCAGCUGGCAAUAUUAAUUUCAACUCCAUCACAGCAGAAAGGAUCAUGUUCAGCUGGGAACCGGUGCCUGAGUCUGACCAGGGAGGUUCCAAGGUCACCCACUACAUUGUUGAGAGGCGUGAGACUAGCAGAGUGGUCUGGUCAACAGUUUCUGACAAAUGCGAGCAGACAUACACUGCUGUCGGCAAACUGGUGCGUGGAAAUGAGUAUGUAUUCCGCGUCAUGGGUGUUAACAAGUAUGGAGUUGGAGAACCACUGGAGUCAGAGCCUGUCAUUGCUAAGAAUGCCUUUGUAACUCCUGGGCAGCCUCAUACUCCUGAGGUGAACACCAUUACAAAGUCCACUAUGGUGGUGGAAUGGGGCAAACCAGGUGUGGACGGAGGUAGUGCUGUGACAGGCUACUACCUGGAGAGACGAGACAAGAAGAGCUUGCGCUGGAUCAGAGUUUAUAAAGAUCCUAUCACUGGCACCAAACAGGCAGUCUAUCACUUGACAGAAGGAAAUGAAUACCAGUAUCGUGUGUGCGCCAUUAACAAGGCAGGAGAGGGACCAUUCUCUGAUGCAUCAGACUAUUAUAAGGCUGCUGACCCAGUUGAUCCACCAGAUGAACCUUGCAAGUUAAAGGUGGUGGACUCCACCAAGACAUCCAUCACUUUGGGCUGGUCCAAACCAGAAUGGGAUGGAGGAAGUGAGGUCACCAGUUACAUGGUGGAAAAGCUUGUGGAGGGAGAACAAGAAUGGGCUAUGAUUACCUCCAAAGGAGAAGUCAAAACAACAGAGUAUGUAGUCCACAAUUUAAAACCAGAUGUCAACUACUUCUUCAGAGUUUCUGCCGUCAAUUGUGCUGGUCGUGGAGAGCCGCUAAAGAUGACUGAACCAGUACAGGCUAAGGACAUCCUGGAGGAGGCCCAGAUUGACUCAGAUGUUGCCAUGAGAACUCACUACAUUGUGAAGGCCGGCAAGGAUGUGGAACUCUCUGUUCCAAUAAAGGGCAGACCUGCACCCACUGCUUCCUGGAGCAAGGGAGAAGAAUGCAUUGAUCGCAACCCCAAAUAUGAAUUCCACCAUUCAGACACAAGCACAGUCCUUGUUAUGCGUGAGGUGACUAGGCUUGAUACUGGAAAAUACACAGUCAAGAUAGAGAAUGGUGUGGGAGAGCCCAAGACAGUGACUCUGUCUGUGAAGGUCCAAGAUACUCCAGCUCAGUGCAGGAACCUGGUCCUUAAGGAUGUGACUCGUGGAAAGGUGACUCUCUGCUGGGAGCCCCCACUUCUUGAUGGCGGUGCAGAGAUUACUAACUACAUUGUGGAGAAGAGAGAUUCAUCCAAGAGAUCAUAUUCUGCAGUAACAAGCAAAUGCACAGACACAACAUACACCAUUGGAGAUCUUUCUGAAAAGACACCCUUCUUCUUCCGUGUCUUAGCAGAGAAUGAGAAUGGUAUUGGUGAUCCAUGUGAAACGCAUGAGCCUGUUAAAGCUACAGAAACUCCAGGACCAGUCAAGGAGGUCUCUAUGAAGGAUUCAUCAAAGACCUCUAUCACUCUCCAGUGGCUGAAACCAGAUUAUGAUGGUGGUAGUAUAAUCUCUGACUACAUUAUUGAGAAGAAGGUAACAGAUGAGGAAUGGUCGUUAGGAGGAACAAGCAGACAGUGUGAGUUUGAGGUCAAGAAACUCAAGGAGCACUCAAACAUGUUCUUUAGAGUUGCUGCCAGGAAUGAGAAAGGAAAGGGAGAUUUUGUUGAAAUUGGGCCUAUCAAGGUCAUUGACUACAUUAUUCCACCAGAGGCAGACCUCACCGAAUAUCCAGGCGGCAGCAUCAGCGUUCGUCUGGGUCAUAAUGUGCACAUUGAACUGCCAUACAAAGGCAAGCCUAGACCUUCUGUUCUUUGGAUGAAGGACAACCUGCCUCUGAAAGAGAGUGAUCAAAUACGCUUCAAGACAACGGAAAACAAAGCCACUCUAGCAAUUAAGAAUGUGAAGAAGGAGAAUGAGGGUAAAUAUACCUUAACCCUUGACAAUAAGGUGAACAGGAAAUCCUUCCACAUCUAUGUCAUCACACUGGGACCACCAUCAAAGCCUGUUGGACCUAUCCGACUGGAUGAAGUGAGAGCCGAGAGCAUCAUGAUCUCAUGGGAUGAACCAAAUGAUGAUGGAGGUGGAGACAUUACCUGCUACUCUGUGGAGAAACGUGACACCUCCCAAACUGACUGGAAGAUGGCCUGCUCUAGUGUACAGGAUACUCAAUUCAAGGUCGCCAGCCUUAUCAAAGGGGUUCAGUACCAGUUCAGAGUGUGUGCUGAGAACAGAUAUGGUGUCAGUGAGCCUCUGCUUUCUCAAAUGGUUAUUGCCAAGCACCAGUUCAGGCCUCCAGGCCCACCAGGCAAGCCCGUGGUAUACAAUGUUACCAACGAUGGUAUGACCAUUCAGUGGGAGAAGCCCAUCUUUGAUGGUGGAACCCCCAUACAGGGCUAUCAUGUGGAGAAGAAGGAGAAGAAUAGCAUCAUGUGGCAAAAGGUGAACACCGUGGUGAUCAAAGAAACAGAUUACAGGAUUUUGGAGCUCAUUGAAGGCCUUGAGUACUCCUUCAGGGUCUAUGCCCAGAAUGAUGCUGGGUUCAGCCGAAUGAGUGAUGAAAGCAAGCCAACCAUGGCCGUCAGUCCAGUUGAUCCUCCUGGCCAGCCUGAUUACAUUGAUGUGACUAGUGACUCGGUGACACUGAAAUGGGAUGCACCCAAACGUGAUGGUGGUAGUAAGAUUGCUGGAUACAAUAUCGAGAAACGUCAAGGACACGGGCGCUGGUUCAAGGCUAACUUGACCGACGUACAUGACUGUCAGUACACCGUCACUGGAUUGGCAACAAAUGAACGAUAUGAGUUUAGAGUCAUUGCCAGAAAUGCCAUGGGUGUUGUCAGUCCCCCAUCCAACUCUUCUGGCCUGAUUGCUGUAAGAAGUGAAAAUGCUUCUCCAAACAUUGAGUUUGGCCCAGAGUACUUUGAAGGUUUGACAGUCAAGGCGGGAGACAGCAUGAGGCUAAAAGUGACCAUUACUGGACGGCCAGUUCCCAAGGUUGUCUGGUUCAAGGAUGGUGUGGAGAUGACCAAAAAGGUGAUGGACAUCAUUACAGUUCCUGGAUCCAGCACCCUCUUUGUCAGGGAUGCUGACCGCUCACACCGUGGACUCUACACUGUGGAAGCUACCAAUGGAUCUGGAACUAAAAAAGAAAGCAUCCUUGUUCAAGUCCAAGAUACACCUGGGGAGCCAGUUGGACCCAUCACUUUCAGCAACAUCUCAGAGGGCAAGUGCACUGUGUCUUGGAAUCCCCCAGAGAAUGAUGGCUGCUCCGAGAUUUCACAUUACAUCGUUGAGAAGCGUGAAACUGCCAAGAUUUCUUGGACAUUGGUUUCUGAUGAAUGUAAGGAGUGCAUCUUCAAUGCAACCAAGCUCAUCAAGACUAAUGAGUACCAAUUCCGGGUAUCUGCUGUUAACAAGUUUGGAGUUGGCAGACCUCUGGAAUCCAGUCCCAUCAUUGCACAGAUGCAAUAUACCACUCCUGAUGCUCCAGGCACUCCUGAUGCAACUGAAGUUACAGGAGAGAGCAUCACCUUGUCCUGGACUCCUCCAACAUCUGAUGGAGGAAAUCCCAUUCAGUACUAUAUCCUGGAGAAACGAGAGAAGAAGACUGUCCGGUUCUACAAGGUGAUUACCAAGAAGCCCAUUGUUGAAUGUGCUCACAGAGUGCACAACCUAACAGAGGAUAUGGAAUACGAGUUCCGUGUUAUGGCCGUAAACGAUGCUGGUGUUGGAGCUGCUAGCAACAUCUCAUUACCCAUCAAAGCUGCUGAGCCAAAAGAUAUUCCUUGUGCUCCAUCAGUGGUCUGUGUGUCAGACUCCACCAAUACCUCCAUCAGCUUGGAAUGGACCAAACCUGCUGAUGAUGGAGGCAUGGAGAUUCUUGGCUACAUUAUUGAAAUGGUAAAGAGAGAAGGGGCAGAAUGGAAGAGAGUAAAUGAGGAGCUUGUGGCUGAAACAAAUUAUGUGGUGACAGGUCUCCAGACAGGGGCUGAGUACAAAUUCCGUGUUGCAGCUGUCAAUCAUGUGGGCAGAGGUGAGCACAAAGAAACUCCAGAGCCUGCUCAGGCUGUAGAUAGGCUAACACCCCCACAGGUAGAUAUUGACGCCACCUUCAAGCAGACACACAUUGUCAAAGCAGGAGGUUCAGUGUGCUUGGGCAUCCACUUCAGAGGAAAACCUAUUCCCACUGCCACUUGGGUGAAGGAGGAAGGGGAGCUGAGUGUCAUGUCAGAGAUAACAACUACUGAUGGCUACAGUUGUCUAAGCAUUGAAAACUGCUCUAGAAAUGAUAUAGGCAAAUAUACCGUAAACCUAGAGAACCCCAGCGGCAGCAAGGCCAUUACAUUCGUUGUAAAGGUCAUGGACACUCCUGGACCUCCACAGGCUGUUACCUUCAAGGAGGUGUCCAGAGGCACAGUCACACUUAUCUGGAAACCUCCUCUCAAUGAUGGUGGAGCCAGAAUCCAUCACUAUAUUGUUGAGAGGCGUGAGGCUAGCCGCCGCACUUGGCAGCAGUGUGGUAGCAAAUGCACAAAGUAUAUCCUAAAGAUCCAGGAUCUGCUGGAGGGAGUGCCAUACUUCUUCAGAGUCUCAGCCGAGAACCAGCAUGGUGUGGGUGAGGCAUUUGAACUGACUGAGCCUGUCAUUGCCACUGCAGAGCCAGCAACUACAAAGAGACUGGACAUCCUCGACACCACAGACAACUCUGUGUCAUUGGGAUGGCUGAAACCAGAGCAUGAUGGUGGUAGUCGCAUCCAGUGUUUCGUCAUUGAAGCUAGGCCAAAGGGUACAGACAAAUGGGUAGUUGUUGGCAACACCAAAAAUCUGACCUAUGUUGUUGAAAAGCUCAAUAAGGGCGAUGAGUAUGACUUCCGUGUGAAGGCUAAGAAUGAAUCUGGCUAUAGCAAGCCCAAGGAAACUCUGGCUCCUGUUCUGGUCAAAGAACCUCACAUCGAACCUGCUGCUGACCUCAGUGAAAUCACCAACCAGCUUAUUACAUGCAGGUCUGGAAGCACCUUCACCAUCGAUGUUCCCAUCAGUGGCAGACCCGCUCCUAAGGUCACCUGGAAGCUGGAGGAAAUGAGGCUGAAAAACACAGACAGAGUCUCCGUCAAAGUUACUAAAGAUAGAACCAGCAUCUCAGUUAAGGAGGCCAUGAGAGGAGAUGGUGGUAAAUACCACCUGACUCUGGAGAAUGUAGCAGGAACUAGAACCUUUACUAUUGAAGUUAAUGUCACAGGCAGGCCCAGUCCUCCAAGUGGACCAAUUGAAAUCUCUUCCAUUACUUCUGAAUCCUGUGUUGUUAACUGGCAUCCACCAGAAGAUGAUGGUGGCACUGACAUCACCAACUACAUUGUGGAGAAGCGUGAAUCUGGUUCCACAGCCUGGCAGCUGAUCAACUCCAGCGUGAAGCGCACAUCUCUCCACGUCAGUAACUUGACCAAAUACAUGCAGUACACAUUCAGGGUCUCUGCAGAGAACAGAUUUGGUGUCAGCAAGCCCUCUGAGUCUGAGACUAUUGUUGCAGAGCAUCCUUACACACCUGCAGGUCCACCAACAAAGCCUUCAGUCUUUAAUGUCACUGCUAACACAAUGACCCUGAAAUGGGAGGAGCCCUACCAUGAUGGUGGAAGCAAGGUGACGGGUUACUGGAUUGAGAAAAAGGAGAGGAACAAUAUCCUGUGGGUGAGGGAGAACAAGAUCCCUUGCUUUGAGUGUUAUUACAAAGUGGAAGGUCUGGUGGAAGGCCUGGAAUAUCAGUUCAGGGUUUAUGCUAUGAAUAGUGCGGGGCUCAGCAAAGCCAGCGAGGCCUCGAAGGGAGCAGUUGCUCAAAACCCUGUUGAUCCACCAGGUAAGCCUGAAGUCACAAACGUAACAAGGACCACCGUGUCCCUAAAGUGGUCGUCUCCACUGUAUGACGGUGGCAGUCCAAUUGUAGGCUACAUCAUCGAGCGUAAGCCGUACACUCUGACUGGUGAGGGCCGCUGGCUGAAGUGUAACUACACCAACGUGACAGAAAAUUUCUAUACUGUAACUGCGCUGGGAGAAGGAGAGCCCUACGAGUUCAGAGUUAUUGCCAAGAAUGCCAACCAAGUCUUCAGCAUACCCUCUGAGUCCACCGGCUCUGUGCAGUGCAAGACUGACUUUGAACCUCCAAAGGCCCAACUGGACAGCAAACUCCUGUCUGAAACUGUGAUGGUCAGGGCCGGUUCAGACCUGGUUCUGGAUGCUGCAGUGGGUGGCAGACCUGAUCCCAAGGCUUCUUGGUCCAAGGGUAACAGAGAUCUGGACUUGUGUGAAAAGUACCACUUGCAGUAUACUCCCACUCGAGCCAUGGCCAUCAUCAAAUUCUGUGACAGAGAUGACACUGGAAAAUACAUCCUUACAGUCAGGAAUGUAAGUGGAACCAAGACUGCAGAGGUCAACGUCAAAGUGCUUGACACACCUGGAGUGUGUGAAGGCAGCAUCGAGAUCAGUAAGAUAACAGAGGAAUCCUGCACUCUGAGCUGGAAGCCUCCUCUCGAAGACGGCGGCGAUGACAUCGCUCACUACAUUGUGGAGAGGCGUGACACAAACAGACUUAACUGGGUACUCAUGCAUGCCGAGUGCAAGGAACUGACCUGCAACAUCACCGGGCUGAUGAAGAACACAGAGUACCUGUUCAGAGUGCGGGGAGUCAACAAAUACGGGCCUGGAGUCCACCUGCAGUCAGACCCCAUGAUUGCCAGAAACACCUUUACUGUGCCAACUCCUCCUGGUGCUCCAGAGAUCCUGGCAUCAGGAAAGGACUUUGCUACCAUUGAGUGGCUGAAGCCAGAGAGCGAUGGGGGUAGCCCGUUGAUCCAUUACCUUGUUGAGAGGCGUGAGAGAAAGAGUGCACGCUGGGUGAAGGUGAACAGGGAUGGUGCUCACCUAGACACCACUCUGAAGGUGUGUGGCUUGACUGAAGGCAACAUCUACCAGUUCAGAGUGACAGCCAUCAACAAGGCUGGAGAAAGUGAGCCCAGCGAGGUUUCUCUGUAUGUCGUCUGCAGAGUGCCAACGUGUACCCCUGUUGCUCCUUCUAUCCCUCGUAUUACUGACACCCACGCUGACAGUAUCAGCCUGGCCUGGUCCCGGCCCGUGGAGGAUGGAGGAGCCGAUGUGAUCGGCUACAUUCUGGAGAUGAAAGAAGCGGGAGCAGAAGAAUGGAAGAAGGCCCAUGAAAAGACCCUGCGUACCACAGAGUAUGUAGUGACUGGACUUUCUGCCGGCAAGAAGUACUGCUUCAGAGUGGCUGGCAUUAACAUCAAUGGUACAGGAGACUUCAGUGAACCAUGUGCUGAAACUGAGCCAGUGGAGAGAAUUGAAACUCCUGACUUUGAGCUCCAUGAUGACCUUAAGAAGACCAUCUGCCUGCGUGCUGGUGGCUGCUUACGCUUAUUUGUUCGUGUCACUGGUCGCCCCGCUCCUGCAAUCACGUGGAGCAAACCUGAUGUUGACCUCCAAAACAGAGGCUUCAUUGAGGUCACUAACACUUCCACCACUCUCAUUAUUGACAAGGUUAACCGCUACGAUGCUGGCAGGUACACUCUGGUGGCUGAGAAUUCUGCUGGGAAACAGGAAGUCAGCAUUCUGGUCAAGGUCUAUGAUACUCCUGGACCAAUUGGGCCAAUCAAAAUCAAGGAACUGACCAAGGAGUCUGCAACGAUCUCUUGGGACGCUCCAACGGUGGAUGGUGGUGCUCCUGUCAACAGCUACAUCAUUGAGAGGCGAGAAGCCUCCAUGAGAGCCUACAAGACAGUCACAUCCAAGUGCAGUAAGACAUCUUACAAGAUUGAUGCCCUGAUGGAGGGUAUGCUGUAUUACUUCCGUGUUCUCCCUGAGAACAUUUAUGGUAUCGGAGAGCCCCGUGAGACUCCUGAUGUCAUCCUGGUCUGCGAGGUGCCUCUGCCACCAAACAAACUGGAAGUCAUCGAUGUCACCAAGAGCACUGUCACCCUGGGCUGGGAGAAACCGGAGCAUGAUGGUGGCAGCAGACUGAUAGGCUAUGUCAUUGAAGCCUGCAAGUUUGGUACUGACAAGUGGAUGAAGGUGGCUACACUGAAGCUGACAGACUUUGAGCACACCAUUGAGAAGCUGAAUGAGAAAGAGCAGUAUCUGUUCAGAAUCAGAGCCAUCAACAGCCGAGGAGCCAGCGAGCCCAAAGAACUGGUUGCAGCUGUCACUGUACAGGAACAGAGAGUAAUGCCUGUAGUGGACUUCUCUAGUAUUCCUCAGAAGGUUGUCAAUGUACUGGCUGGCAAGACCCUGGAGCUGAACCUGCCCAUCAUUGGCAGACCUCCUCCUGUUUGCUCCUGGUACUUUGGUGACAACAAGAUAAAAAUCACAGACCGUGUCAAGAUCAAGAGCACCGGCAAGUUCUCCAAACUGACUGUGUCUGACACCACCAUCGACGACACUGGUGACUACACCCUGGAGGUGAAGAAUGCUGUUGGUGUCAUCACUGAGGUCAUCAAAGUCAUCAUUCUCUCUAAACCUGAUGAACCAACGGGACCCAUCAGAUUUGAUGAGAUUGAUGCCACCACCAUCACUUGCAGCUGGGAUCCUCCGGUCAGAGAUGGUGGAGCUCCCAUCAGUGGCUACGUGGUGGAGCAGCGUGAUGCUCACAGACCUGGCUGGAUGCCUGUCUCUGACUCUGUCAGCCGACCACUGUUCAAGUUUGAGAACCUGAUCGAGGGAGAUGAGUACGUCUUCCGUGCAGCUGCUGUGAAUCGUUAUGGUACUGGAGAAUUCCUGCAGUCUGAGACAGUCACCAGCAGGAGCAUGAAGAAUGUGCCGGGACCACCUGGCCGUCCAGUCACCUUUGAUGUUUCUCGUGAUGGUAUGACUGUGGCCUGGGAGCCACCAGAUGAAGAUGGUGGUCUUGAGGUUUCUGGUUACAUCAUUGAACGCAAAGAAGUCAGGGCUGACAGAUGGGUGCGUGCCAACAAGAAUCCUGUAACCAUGACUAGGUACAGGUCUACUGAGCUAAUCGAGGGCCUUGAGUAUGAACACAGAAUCACUGCCAUCAACGCCAGAGGACUUGGCAAGCCAAGUCUACCAUCUAAACCAGCAGUGGCAACAGAUCCAAUAGAUCCACCUGGCUGUCCUCAGAAUCCAAGGAUCACUGACACUACCAAGUCCUCUGUGUCACUGGCUUGGAGUCCUCCUGAUGAUGAGGGAGAUGCUAGGGUAGAUGGUUACCUGAUUGAGAUGCAGAAAGUGGGCACCGUGGCCUGGAUCAAAUGCAACACCACACCAUCUCUCAUUUGUGAGUACACACUGACCAACAUGCCACAAGGAGAGCAGUUCAAAUUCCGUGUGAUGGCCUGCAAUGCUGGUGGCAGCGGAGAGCCUGCCGAAGUGCCUGGAACAGUCACUGUGACUGAGAUGCUUGAAUCUCCUGAAUAUGACCUGGAGCUGAAAUACAAAGAUGUGUAUGUGGUCCGCCACGGAGGAGUCCUUAGAUUAUCUGUGCCCAUCAAAGGCAAACCACGCCCAACCUGCAAGUGGUCAAAGGAUGGUGGUUUAGUGUCUGCUAGGGCUAUGAUUGCCUCCACUGAGGAUGCCAGUGAGCUUGUGAUCAAGGGGGCUGAGAGAAGUGACUCUGGUGUGUACGACCUCCUGCUGGAGAAUAAGGUUGGCAAGAAGAAAGCCCAAAUCAAGGUGAAGGUCAUUGGCCGGCCAAGCGCUCCAGAGGGACCAAUAGUUUUUGAGGAGAUUCAGGCCAACUCAGUCAGGCUGUCCUGGAAGGCACCCACUGAUGAUGGUGGCUCAGAAAUCCUUGGUUACAUUGUGGAAAGACGCGAGGCAGCCAGGAACGCCUGGUACACUGUAGACUGUAGAGUGACUGAAACUCAGCUGGUUGUUAAGGGCCUGAAGGAAGGAACAGAAUACCACUUCAAGGUGACAGCUGAAAACACAUUUGGUAUCAGUGCAUCCCUGAAGUCUGAACAGCCACUGGUACCCAAGACUCCUCUGUGUCCCCCCGAGCCUUCAACUACCCCACCAGAGAUUAUGGACAUCACCAAGAGCUCAGUGGCACUGGCGUGGUCCACACCAAAGGAUGACGGUGGAUCUGCCAUCACAGGCUACUUUAUUGAGUACAAGGUGGUGUCUGCUGAAACAUGGUCCCGUCAUGAGGCCAAGAUAACCUCCACGAUGUUUACUCUAUCUGGACUCACCCCCGACACGGACUACCACUUCCGCAUUGUUGCUGUCAAUGACAUAGGCGAGAGUGAGGCAGGUCCUGUGUCUGACCCAGUCACAUGCAAAGAUCCAUUUGACAAGCCAAGCCAACCAGGUGAAAUUGAUACAGUGAAUGUGACUAACAACUUCAUCACCAUCCGCUGGCAAGCUCCAGAGUGUGAUGGUGGAAAGGAGGUUCUGGGUUACUGGGUGGAGUAUAGGAAGUCCACAGAGAGCACGUGGAAGAAAUGUAACAAGGAGAGACUUAAGGAAAGGGAGUUUACUGUACCUGGACUGUCUGAGGCCACAGAAUAUGAAUUCAGAGUGUUUGCUGAGAAUGAGACUGGAAUGAGCAGACCUCGUAGGACUGCCACCUGCAUCAAGACCAAACUGCUCACUGAAACUAAACCAAGCCUGAGAAAGGAAAUGGAUGAAGUAACUGCCAAACUUGGCCAGCCUGCUGUUAUGAAGUGCCAGAUUAUUGGCAGACCUGUUCCUGAGAUAAAGUGGUAUCAUUCAGGCAAGGAAAUUGUUCAGUCCCGCAAGUAUGAGAUAAGCUCUGAUGGCCGCAACCACUCCCUAUCUAUUAUGACUGACCAGCAGGAAGAUGAAGGAGAAUACACCUGCAAGGCCAUAAAUGAUGCCGGAGAAGCAGAGACCACAGGCAUCUUAGUUUUGGAGGCUGCUGCAUCGUUCCACCCUGACUACCCACUGAAGGACACCUACUAUGCCGGCCUGGGAACCACUCUACGCAUCCACGCUGUUUACAUCGGCCGUCCUGAGCCGAAGAUCAUGUGGUUGCAUGGGGCAAAGACCCUGGAAAACACAGAGGACAUUAGCAUUGAGACCACUGAGCACUACACACAUCUGGUCAUCAAGAAUGUGCAACGCCGAGUCCACGGAGGCAAAUACAGAAUCAGACUGCAUAACCACUUCGGCCGAGCUGACACCGCAUUCACUGUUGAAAUCUACGACAAACCUGAUAUACCUCAGGGUCCCAUUGUCCUGGAUGCCCUGCUGAAGAACUCAGUAAUCAUCAGCUGGAAGGCUCCCAAAGAUGACGGAGGCUGCAUGAUUACGAACUAUAUUGUGGAGAAGCGUGAGGACAAGGAAGGCUCCGAGUGGGAACUGGUGUCAUCAUCCAUCAAUGGCACAUCUUGCCGUGUGCCCAACCUCAUCGAGAGUGCUGGGUACUUCUUCCGUGUCUAUGCUCAGAACCGCUAUGGCAGCAGUGAGCCACUGGAGCUGGCUUCCCCGAUCCUCAUCAAGAGCCAGCUGGAGAGACCAUCACCACCUCUAUCACCAGUUGUUUCUGGAAUUACUAAGGAUUCCUGCGUGGUUUCCUGGAAACCUCCUCUCAGUGAUGGCGGAUCCAAGAUCAAGAGCUACUGCCUUGAGAAAAAGAACAAGAAGGACAAGAGGGAAUGGACUGAAUGGACUCCAGUAACCACAGAUGAGAUCAAGCAAACGGUGUUCUCUGUGAAACAUCUGACUGAGGGUGUCGAGCACAUCUUCCGUGUUAAAUGUGAGAAUCUUGGAGGACAAAGUGACUACAGUGAGGAGACCACUCCUAUCAUUCCAGCCGCAGCUGUUGAGAUCCGUGCUCCUGCCUUCAAAGAUGAGCUGAGGAACAUGAGUGUCAAGUACAAGAGCAAUGCUACCCUUGUCUGUAAGAUUUUAGGACAGCCCAAACCUGUAAUUAAAUGGUUCAGACGAGGAAAAGAAAUCCAUUCUGAUGGAAAGAAGAUCAAGAUCCAGGAGUUUAAGGGAGGUUACCACCAGCUGGUCAUCACAGAGGCUGACGAGGAAGACUCCACUGUAUAUCAGAUCAGGGCCACCAACCAGGGAGGCUCCAUCUGUGCCACUGUCUCUCUGGAUGUUGAAAUUCCUGCCAAGAUCAACCUGCCAAAGAACCUGAAGGACAAGGAAGCCAUUCCUGCCCUGCGUGGAGAGGUGGUUAAUAUCAAGAUUCCUUUCAGUGGCAAACCAGAUCCUGUCAUCACAUGGCAAAAGGGACAAGAUCUAAUUGACAGCAAUGGACACUACCAGGUCAUUGUCACCAGAUCAUUCACUUCUUUGGUGUUUCCCAAUGGAGUGGAGAAGAAGGACGCUGGUUUCUACAUCGUCUGUGCCAAGAACAGAUUUGGUAUUGAUCAGCAAACAGUUGAGCUAGAUGUAGCUGAUGUACCCGAUCCUCCACGUGGUGUUAAAGCCAGUGACGUGUCGAGAGACUCUGUAACACUGAACUGGGUGGCACCAGCAAAUGAUGGUGGCAGUAAGGUCAUCAGCUAUAUCAUUGAGAAGUGCCCCACCACAGCUGAGAGGUGGCAGCGUGUUGCCCAGUCCCGUGACGCCCACUACACUGUUACCAAUCUGUUUGGCGGAACAAGCUAUCAGUUCAGAGUUAUUGCUGAGAACAAGUUUGGACAGAGUGCCCCAUCCGAGACAAGCGGACCUGUCAUGACAAAAGAGGAUAAAUCCCGAGUUCUGCUCUAUGACAGGGAGGUUGAUGAUACAGGUUAUGUUCCCAAGAGCAAGGCUCCACACUCUGAUUCGAAGAAUCUGCACAACAAAUACGCCAUUGCAGAGGAAUUGGGCAGAGGGCAGUUUGGCAUUGUCCACCGCUGUGUUGACAUCAGCUCUGAAAAGACUUACAUGGCUAAAUUUGUCAAAGUGAGAGGUGCUGAUCAGGCAAUAGUAAAGAAGGAAAUUGCAACACUGAAUUUGGCCAAACACACCAACUACCUUGUCCUCCACGAGUCUUUUGAGAGCCCAGAGGAGCUGGUGAUGAUUUAUGAUUUCAUCUCAGGUGUUGACAUAUUUGAGCGCCUCAAUACAGCAGAGUUUGAGCUUAAUGAGCGUGAAAUUGUUAACUACGUCAGGCAGGUCUGCUCAGCUCUAGAGUUCCUGCAUACUCAGAGCUAUGGACACUUUGAUAUCAGACCUGAGAAUAUUAUAUACACUACUAGAACCAGCUCAAAUGUCAAGAUUGUUGAGUUGGGACAGUCCAGACACCUGACUCCUGGAGACCAAAUCAAGGUUCAGUAUACCACUGCAGAGUAUGCUGCCCCCGAGAUCCACCAGUGUGACAUGGUUAGCACAGUCACUGACAUGUGGUCGGUUGGUGUUCUUGCAUAUGUGCUUCUCAGUGGCCUUAAUCCAUUCCUAGCUGAAACCAACCAACAGAUGAUCGACAACAUCUCCAACGCAGCCUAUAGCUAUGAUGACGAAUGCUUCAAGCAAGUCAGUGUCGAAGCACUGGACUUCACAGACCGUUUAAUGACAAAGGAACGUAAGCACCGUAUGACUGCAGCUGAGGCACUGGCACAUCCUUGGCUUACCAAGCCUGCAGAGGAGAUCAGUGCCAGAGCAAUCCCAACUGGCAGGCAUAAGAGAUACUACCAGACGAUGGUGAGAAAAGAGUGGAACACCGUUGUCUCUGCUGCCCGUGUGGCCAGCGGUGGUUCCAUUCGGUCUCAGCGUGGCGUCUUCGUUGCUAAGGUUAAGAUUGCACCAUUUGAACAUGGUCCUCUUGCAGGGCAGAUUGGCCAUGCAGUGGUGAAUGAGGGUGACAAUGUGAAAUUCAUCUGCAACAUUGACAACUACGAUAGCACUACUGAAGUGACAUGGUACUGUGGUGUCAGGCAACUUGAAGCUAGUGACAAAUAUGAGAUUGAAUACGAAGAUGGUCUGGCCGUAAUCACGAUCAAUAAGGUCACAAGAGCAGACGAUGGCACUUACAGAUGCAAGGUAGUGAAUGAGUAUGGUGAGGACAGUGCCUAUGCUGAGCUCUUUAUCGGCAGUGUUAGGUCCUACCGUGAUUUCUUUACCACCCGUGUUGUUAAGAGAACAAAGCGCAGAGUAGAUACUGCCAGAAUGCUUCAGAAGCCACCAGAGUUCACGCUUCCUCUGGUCAACCAUACAGCUUAUAUUGGUGAGGAUGUGCGCUUUGGUGUCACCAUCACUGUACACCCUGAACCUCGUGUGAUCUGGCACAAAUCUGGACAAAAGCUCUUACCUGGACAAGAUGACAGGAAAUACACUUUCAUCAGUGACAAGGGCUUGUACCAGCUCAUUAUCCGCAAUGUGGAGAUUGAAGAUGAUGCGGAGUACAGUGUUGUGGCCCGUAACAGGUAUGGGGAUGACAGCUGCAAGGCUCGUCUCACUGUUGUUCCUCGACCUAAACCAGCAGAUCUCACCCUGAGGCCCAUGUUUAAACGUGUGCUUGCAAAUAUCGAGUGUAAGGAGGGCCAGAACGUGCGUUUUGAGAUCAGAGUAUCUGGUCGUCCAACACUGAAAUGGGAGAAGGAUGGCACACCUUUAGCCUUUGGACCAUGCAUCGAGGUUGUCCACGAGGGCCUGGAUUACUUCAUUCUUCAUGUGAGGGACACUCUCCCUGAGGACUCCGGUGUAUACAGAGUUACUGCUACCAACUCUGCUGGAUCUGCCAGUUGCCAGGCCACACUGAAAGUGGAGCGCACCGCUCAUGUAAAGAAGGACUAUGAGACCAGUGAAAAAGAGAAGCAACAGGUUGCUGGAAAGGAGGAAUUAGACAAAAAGGUUAGGCUGUCUCAGAUUUUGGCUGGUACUGUUGUUACACCUCUACCACCUGCAGCACUAGAAGCUGUCAGGGAGGCUGCCACCAUGUUUAAACCUGCUGUUACAACUAAGAAGGGUGCGAAGACUGAGGCUGAGAUAAAGAAAGAACAAGAGGAGAGGAAGAAGAGAGCAGAUGAGAAGCGACUGCGUAUGCCUUAUGUCGUCCCCACACCUCGUGUCAUUAACCCAGCUGUUCUUGAAGAAGAUGUGGAAAUAAAACACUUCAAACCAUUUUCUGACAUGAAAUGGUACAAGAAAUUGCGGGAUCAAUACGAAUUCCCUGAGCCAAUGGAUAAAAUCCCACAGAAAAGGAUGAAGCGUAUCCGCCUCUCUAGGUGGGAGCAGUUCUAUGAGGUACCAAUCAGGAUCAAGGACCAGUAUAAACCAAAGUGGCGCCUCUUAUCUAUGACUCAGGAUGACUUGGAGACUGUGAGGCCAGCAAGGCAUCGCACUCCUUCCCCUGAGACGGAGACCUACCGCAGAAUCAGAAGGAGGUCUUUGGGUGACCUGUCAGAUGAAGAGCUUCUGCUACCUGUGAAUGAGUACCUGUCCAUGAAGAGAACUGAGGAGGAGAGGCUUCGUCUAGAGGAAGAACUAGAGCUUGGCUACUCUGCUUCUCCACCUAGCCUUAGUCCAGUUCGCUUUGAAUUGUCUGCCCUGCGCCCCUCAUCUCCUAGGAGAGUCUACAGCGAAGAUGAAGAAACAGAAGAAAUUCACAGAUAUGAUUCCUACCGAAUUCCAUCCAAAUAUGAGGCUGGCCCAAGUUUUGUCGAUCUCCGCCAGCGUCACGACAAAACGACCUACAAACCUCCAAGAGAAAAGCAGAGGGUGUAUCAAGAAAGAGAGGAUCAGGAGCUGCUGCGGCCACACACCACUGCUCAGAGAAUCUCCUCUUACAAGAGUGAACUCAAACGAAUAGAGUUUGAGGAGAAAACACGAAUCUCCAAAAAGGAAGCAACUGUUGCUGUUUCAAGAAUCUCUGAAGUCACUGAAUCUGAGCACCUGACAGCUUUUGCAUCAGAAUAUAUCCCCAAAUCAAUCAAAAAGCUCCCAGAGCCCGAGCCCGGAAGGAAGAGAUCCCCUACCCCAGAAAAAGCUGUCAAGACAGAUGUGAUCCUUCCCAAAGUUGAUUUCAUGUCCAGGUAUGAAGAGAGAAAGCAGGUUCUGAGAUCAGAGAGAAGAUCUGUAGAGAGGAAGGUUGAGGUGGUGACACAGGAGCCCUUCAGCCUUGACCAUGCCCCACGCAUUACCGUCAGGAUGCGAUCUCAUCGCAUACCCUAUGGCUCCAACACAAGAUUUACCCUGAAUAUCCAGGCCAAGCCUGAGUCUGAGGUCAAGUGGUUCCACAAUGGAAAAGAAAUCCAUCAGAGCAACAAAUAUACCAUGACCAACAUCAGUGGAGUCCUGACUCUCCAGAUCAUCAAAUGUGUGACUGAAGAUUCUGGCACUUACCGUGUGGUCUGCAAGAACACCAAAGGAGAGACUUCUGACUAUGCCACACUGGAUGUAGCAGGAGACGAAUAUGCUGCCUUCUCUUCACUCCGCAAAGACGAGGAGCCUCCAUCUGCCCAUGUGCCAGAGAUGACCAAAACGGAGGUGUACCACGUCUCAUCCUCUAAAACAGUAGUAAAAGAAGCUGUAACUGAGACCGUGAAAGAGACCACUACUGUUGUCGAGAAGCCAAAGGAGAAGCCCACUGUCCCUGCCAAAAUUCUGACCAAGCCACAGUCUCUGACUGUAGAGGAGGGACACACUGCCAGAUUUGAAUGUGAUGUGGAUGGUGAACCAGCACCUUCUAUCACCUGGCUGCGUGAAGGAGCAGCUGUUGCUCCCUCUGCCCGACACCACAUUGUGUCUUCUCAGUACAACUCCUCCUUUGAGAUCACCGCUGUUGAGAUGUCAGAUGAAGGCAGCUACACUCUCCUAGUCGAAAACACGGGAGGCAAACAAGAAGCCCAUUUCACCCUAACGAUCCGGAAGUCUGAGUCAAAGGAGAAAGUCAUUGCUUCUCCCAGAGUCACUUCGCCAGAAGCUAAAUCCCCUCUUGCAAAGUCCCCUGAACCAGUCAAAUCUCCCCAGAGGGUCAAAUCCCCUGAGCCAAUCAAGUCACCACAGAGAGUUAAGUCUCCAGUCUCACCAAAGUCCCCAACGCCUAAAUCCCCAACGCCAAAGUCCCCAACGCCUAAAUCCCCAACACCAAAAUCUACUCCCAAAUCCCCAGGUCCAUCUGAGAAGGAACAAGUGAUUACUCCACUCAAGUCAAAGAGAGUGAUGUCACCGACUCCUGAAAAGAAGCCAUCCUUCUCUGCUGGGCUGAGCGACAUCACUGCAGCCUCUGACUCUAUUGUCAAGCUGUCAGUGAAGGUGACAGGAGAGCCCAAACCUGCCAUCUCAUGGAUGAAGGAUGGAAAGGUUUUGACUCAGGGUGGAAAGUAUGAAAUUUUUGAGGAUUAUGGCUCAGCUCAUCUUGAGAUCUAUGAAUCGGAGGUCUCUGAUAGUGGGGUGUACAAAUGUACUGCUACAAACAGUGCUGGAACAGUUUCAACUAUGUGCACUGUCAAUGUGCAAGGCUUAAAGUUCUCCAAAACAAAAGCUGAAAUCUCAGAGGAAUUUGUAAAAAAGGAAAUGGUCCAUGAGGAAGUCUUGUCUUCUGUAAAGCAGGUCAAGACCUCCCACAGUCAGAUGUCAAUUACACAGGGCCAGUCUCUGACCCUGAGGGCCAGCAUCCCUGGUGCCUCUGACGUCAGAUGGCUCCUGAACGGGGUUGAGUUGACCAACUCGGAGCAGUACAGAUGUGGAGUAUCGGGAAAUGAACAGACGCUAACCAUCAGGACGGUGAGCGAGCGCGAGCAGGGGAUCCUCACAUGUGAGGCUCAAACACAACAAGGACUGAUCCGGUGUCAGUUUAACACCACGGUCACCACCAAGCGAGCAGAAGCACCUCACUUUCUGGUGCAGCCCAGGUCUCAGAAUGUUAAUGAAGGACAAAAUGUUAAAUUCACAUGUGAAAUUACAGGAGAGCCUUCCCCUGAAGUGGAGUGGUUGAAAGACAACAUGAUUAUAUCCGUCACAUCAAACUUGAAACUGAGCCGCUCUAAGAAUGAGUACACUCUGGAGAUCCGUGAAGCCACAGUUGCAGACAGCGGGAAAUACACAGUAAAAGCCAAAAACCAGUUUGGACAAUGCUCUGCAACAGCAUCCCUCAACGUCCUCACUCUUGUUGAAGAACCAACAAAAAUGAUAAUUGCAGAACAAAGAGCUUCUACUGACACAGCAGCGAGCAUGCAGAAAAGGUUCACGGCCUCCUCGGCUCACGUGGAGGCAGCUUCCAUGCAGGCUGGCAGCUACAGCAGCAGCUCCCGCUCUGCUGCUGCCGGAUAUUCGUUUGAGAGCAUGUCUGCGAGUAGCAUGUCAGCCAUGGUAGCCGAGUCAGUGGUUUCCAUGAGCUCCAGGAGCACAGUGAUGGAAAUGUCUGCUCAUACGCAUGCUGAGUCCUCCUCCUCCUCACUGAAGGCCCUCACCACAGGGAUAAAAAGAGGUACCCCACCAAAGAUCGAAGCUCUUCCAGAGGACGUCAGCGCCGAGCCAGGGAAGUCCCUUACAGUAGUGGGAAUGUUCUCCGGAGACCCCACACCCUCUGUCCAGUGGGUCCGCUCGGGUCGGACGCUCUCCAGUGGGGACGAACGAUACCACGUGGAGAACACUGCCGACUUCUCCACCCUCGUGAUCUCUGCGGUGAAGGCAGGCGAUGCCGGAGCAUACACCCUCCGACUGUGCAACGAGUUUGGCUCCGACUCUGCAACUGUCAACGUUCACAUUCGGUCCAUGUAGAAAGGAAGACAAAGUUAAUUUACGUCCCCCGUUUCCCUCAUCCAGAACCUCUUUAUUCAGUGAAUUAGCACCAAUAAUCGUACUUGAUAAAGAUCUGGAUUUCUGUUCUUGUAAAUAUGAACUAUUUUUGUACCAAACUUGACAUUCAUUUAUGCCAAACUAGACUAAAGUCUAAAGUUGUUUUAAAAUGUGCCAUAUUGGACAGUUAUGACUUAGGAUUUUUGAAAGACAUUUCUGUGACAUGUACAUAAUGUAUAUAGCCGAAUUUAACGGUUAUGGGAAAUGUAUGCAUUGUUAUUUAUGACAAUAAUAUUAACUGAAACAAAAGAACAAAAGUUUUAACAGGAGAAAGUUUCAGCUGGAACGAAUACCCUGUGAAACCAAGAAACUCAAAUCUGUGCCUCAACGCUCAGUUGAAGUCGUUAAGAUUGCCUCAGCAGGUAGAGAGGUUCCCUGCUGACGUUAUAAACCGCAAACACAAAGACGUUUUUUUAUUAUUAUUUUUGUUUUUGGACACGCGUCACAGCGUGGGAUAUUACAGUUUCCUAUGAAUUGUACCAUGAGCAUAAGACCCCGAGUGCUGUUUGCAUUACCCUCAUGUAAGCAGCACGAACCGGCCUUGUGCUCAGACUGACUGUGUCGUACCAUCACGAUUUGAUGACCCGCUCCGAGUUCGAGCGGCCUGCGCUCGGAGCGUUAAGAUCAUUUUAAUUAAGAGCGCUGUUUCUGGCGCAGGACGGCCGGACUGGCUUUCGAAAACGUGACAUCUCCUGGCCAUAAAACGAAGUGAGAGCCGGCUCUUCUGUGCAGAAGCAGCGCCGUCUCUCGGAGGACACUUAGUAACAUGUUUGUGUGUUUGAGUGUUUGUAGCUUUUAGUCAGCUCACCUUGUCAGUAGUCAGGGUCUUCUUCGCUCUUCAUCUCCUGUGAAGAGGAAAGCAGUAACGUUUUGCCCUGCACUUUGAUUUCAUUGAUCUGUUGAUGUAGAAUUAUAUUUGAUCCUCCUUGAGAUUUGUGCAUUACUGAUUUAAUAAAGCAUGAUUUCAGCACGA